AUGGCUUCCGAGAGGAGAGCGAGCGGCGAGGACUGCCUGCAAGAUGGCACCUGCGACGUGUGCGAGCCCGACGAGGCGCAGAGGGCCGUGCAGGCCUGCGAGGACUGCGGCUUCUCCUUCUGCGGGCCUCACGCCCAGGAGCACAGCCGCAAGUACGGCGCCCACCGGACGGCUGCCGUGGCCGCUGCGGAGCCGGCGGGCAGGGAGGCCGCGGAGCCGGAGCGGGUGGUCGCAGAAGGGGAGCGCAAGGCGGAGCGCAGGAAGUGCGAGGAGCACGGCGAAGACCUCAGCUUGUACUGCAAGGAGCACGAGAAGAUCAUCUGCGUGCUGUGCGCCGUCUCGGGCUCCCACCAGCAGCACGAGAUCAUCACGCUCAACGACGCCUACGAAGCCGUCCGGGUAAGGAUCCUGAGCAGGCGCUAGGUGGGCUAGGAGUGCGUGGUGCCCGAAAGCCAGCGGCGCUCCUUUGGUUUGGAUGCUGGCAGCAUGGCACCCCGGAAAGCGCACUUGUUAAAGGGCUGUGGGCGGGGACCACUUCGGAAGGCGCGUUCAUAAGCGCACUGGGAAGUUUGGGCGCUGGAAAGGUUUAUCGGGUGUUCGUUCUUCUGGGUAGCAGAAUUCACCAGUCCCACCCCUCUGACUGCGUGCUGUGGCUUGUGCACCCUUCCCCUGCCGCUUCGGAGAGUCACGGGAGCUUUGGUCCAGCUGCAGAGGAAGGACGGGGGCCAGCGGAAAGGGAUGUGGCAGAAGUGGAGGCGGGGCAAGGAAGUCUCUGAUGGCCCGUUUCUCCUUUUAAUAAACAGGCUCUAAAAGUGCUUUCCCCAGCCGAUCAAGCAGAAAGUGCGUUCAGACGCCUUGUUAGCGACUUUCUGUUUACCAGAAGGUUGUUGAAUGCAUAUUUUCUGUGGCGCUAUGGUCAGAAAGAACUACAGUUAAUUGGUUAAUUGCCUUUCGCUCCCUGCAGUAAGCAGACUUUAUGAUUGCAAUGGUUCUCCUCAACAAGACCAUUGAUGGCAAAGUGGGAGCCCUGAGGAUCAUGUCCUGCAGGGAUUGAGUGAUUAUUUAAUUUCUAUACCACUUAAUAUAUGGGGGGGAAAUCUCCAAGCGGUGUACAAAAAACUGAAACAACAAUACAGGCCUUGAGUUGAGCACUGUUGAGUUUAAUCCUUAGUUAUUAGAAAGUAGCUCUGAAGAGUUGACCAGAAGUAUGUAGUGACCAAACUGCGGGAGGCAGUGGAAGACAGGAGUGCCUGGCAUGCUCUAGUCCAUGGGGUCACGAAGAGUCGGACACGACUAAACGACUAAACAACAACAACAACAACAUGUAGUGGAAGAAGUUUGAGGGAAUCUCCUUGAGUAAGGAAUUUGGGUUAACUUUGUUGUAAAGAACCAUGCCUAUAGAGCCAGGUGGAAGCGGUAUACUUCUGCUAAGGUUACCAUCCUUCCUGAAAGAGCCUGUCUGCAUUUCACAUUGCUAUGACAGGAAAAAUUCAAUGGGAGCAGCUCAUCCUAUAACUGAAUACUAUCUCAGGAGAGGUACACAUGUUGAUUUCCUGCCCAUCAAGCAGCUGAGAAAGGCAUGUCAAUUUAGGGGGCGGGGAAGGUGGUUUCAGAAUUGGCUUUAUGCAGCUGUCACCACUGGAAAUCUGGAUUAAAAUGUAUCCCUUGCUGUUGCUUUCACUGUGUUUGGAACUUGCUUGCUGCCUGACAACCAUGUAUGUUGCUACUGCAAUCCCUGUCCCUUGUUUUUGCCAAAUACAUUUGGUAUUUGGGAAUAAGAACAUAAGAGCCCUGCGGUACAUUUAUCCUAGUGUCCCAUUUCCUGCAGUGAUUAUCCUGUUGCCUUCAAACAGGGUGUGAAGGCAAUAGUGCUCACUAGCUAUUGUUAUCUUGGCAUCUGCUAAGUGUACACCACCAUAGGAACCUUGUGCACAUAUGCUAUGUGCUCACAUCCAGCUCCCUCCUACGAACAGGGAAACAAAUCAAGAAGCUGGACUUAACCAUCGCUUCCUUUUACAUGCAAACUGGGAACUGUAGUCAAUGGUUUCUAAACAACAGGAUUAUAAGCCAAUUUUAACACAUCACUUCCUUAUCCUGGCUUGUUGGCAACAUCUGACCUAUUCUUUUCUGAAUAGAAACGGCUUGCUAUUGACUGUGUAGUACAUGGGUAGGCAAACUAAGGCCUGGGGGCCAGAUCCGGCCCAAUUGCCUUCUAAAUCCGGCCCACGGAUGGUCCAGGAAUCAGCGUGUUUUUACAUGAGAAGAAUGUGUCCUUUUAUUUAAAAUGCAUCUCUGGGUUAUUUGUGGGGCAUAGGAAUUCAUUCAUUCCCCCCCAAAUAUAGUCCAGCCCGCCACAAGGUGUGAGGGACAGUGGACUGGCCCCCUGCUGAAACAGUUUGCUGACCCUGGUGUAGUAUGUAGCUUUCAGGGGCUACCCAUUCUCUUGCUGAAUGUGUCUAUUUCCUCUUGUGCAGGCAGGAAACAGAGUCUGAGAGGCCAACAUUGCCAUAGUCUGCUGUUACAGAAUAUUCCAUGCAAACCAAAGAACAGCUGAUAUGUCUAAUUUUAGGCUUUCUCUCAAACAUAAGCAGUUUGUUUUUGGGCGAUCCCUAGAAAAAAGUAGCUGUUUGCAGAACAGUAGGAGGUGUUUCAAUGAUGGUGUUAACUUUUCCAGCUGCCAAAAUAGAUUUGGGGGAGGAGGAGGUAUUCUGCAGGCUUGCAACUUCCAGUGAGAAACAGACUCCACUUGUUCUUUGUAUGCUUUUAAAAGGACUCAGUGCAUAUAGAUGGGGGUGGGGGAUGCGGGACUUAUUUUAACUUCCAGCAUCUUUACUGUGUGCCCACAGAAUACUGUGCUUUCAGUUAUUUAAAAAACAACAACAAAAAACCCCUUUUGUUUUUUUCUGGGUGAAAUACUUCAUUUCCCUCAAUAUAUUCAGGAAGACUGUGGGAAAAGUGGGUGUCUAGAGGAUUGGUUGGAUUGAUACUUGUAAAACACACAAAACUGAUGAACAAGUUUUAAGAAGCAUUGCCAGUUUGGUGUGUAAGGAAGGUCUCCUGCGAUCAUUUUUUCAAAGCUUUGCAGCUUUGGCCAUUUCUUCUCCUUUUCCUUAUGUGGAAACUGAAGGGGAAAGUAAUAUGCAAACCAUUCCUCAGCACCCUUUGUGGCUGAUAAAUAAGAGGAGGACUUUGUAGUUGACCAUGUGGGCAAUUGCAUUGCACUUCUCACUGUCAUGCUGCAAGUAACAAUUUGUGUAUUGGCAGUGGCCCUGUUCGUGCACAUAAGAGUAAGCCACAGUUCCACACAAACUAUGGGUUACCACAAACAAAUUUUCUUCUGUUUGCUUGAAGAGGAGCAAGCCAUGAGUGCUGGCUUACUUGUAAUGCAAAGUUAGUUUUGCUGUUUGUUUCCCACCUCAUUCAUGGUCACACCAGAGAUCUGUGGCUUAGGCCACUGAUAUGAUGAUGUUAUAUGAAAAUAGGCCACUAUGUGUGUAGUAAGUGGAUUUAAAUGUGACACGGGAUACAUUGGAAAUUUUCACAAGAAAUGCCCUUUUGCUUCUUCUGUAUAAAUUGGCUCCUGGAGAGACACUUUGUGCGUAAAUUGGAAAGAAGUGGUGGAAUGAAAUGUACUUAACAUUGUAUGUAGGGAGAUUAUGAUGAUUUUUAAUUCAUCAGUGGGUUGGUAAGACAUAUCCCUUUAUGUAGUAAACUAUCAAGAAGAAUUUUUCUGUGUUUCAACUCAGUUCUCUGCGCUGUACUGAUUUCUAUUUGGGAGUUAUUUUACGCAUAGGAACAUUUUUUAAAAAAUUGUGAUUCUCUACCCGCAGUCUGAAGUGGCACAGUUCAUUCCACCAUCUUAUUUCUGUUCUGCUGCCUCUUAAGAGGUGCUUAUCAUGCAACAUUUAGAAGACAUGGGCUACCUUCCACAAGUAUGCAAAUCAGAGUAUCAUGUCUGAGUGCUGUAUGCAACAUGUUGUGAUGUUCAGACAAUAAUAAACUGGAAGUGGAACAUUAGUUCUGCAAGGCUGGCUGGGGACAAGUUUUGCAUGUUAUUUAGACAAGAGAUUCUCAUAUUUGCAGGCACAUGGGAAACCUACUGACAUAUAACUCUUCCUAAUCUGGAUAUAUAUGUUGUAUGCUCAUAUGGUCAUGUGACAUUGCCAUAGUCCUCACUCUUAGUAUAGCUCAAUCUUGAAUUGCCCUCCUGAUUAUGCAAGCAGAUUCAGUGUUAAGUGAAUAAAGGGUUGGAUAAGGUAGAAAAGAAUCAUAGACUUGGAAGGGACCACAAGAGGCAUCUAGUCUAACUCCCUGAAAUGCAGUAAUCUUUUCCUCAACAAAGGGAUCAAACGCACAAUUUUGAGAUUAAGAGUCUAAUGCUCUACUGACUGAGCUAAUGAAGUUUCUCUUGUGUAAUAUUGAGGUCAUCACAAUCAAGUUCCCUUGCAAGUUUGAACUUCUUAUUUCAUUAACUUUGUUUCUCCUCCUCCUCCUCCUCCUUAUUCUUUGCUGUGGAAGGGGGGCAAUGUUUGAAGUGUUUCACAGACAUUAUUUCAGUAACCCUUAUAACAACCCUGUAAGCCAAGUCAAUAUUGUUCUGGUAUGGCAGAUGAGGAGCCUAUUAAGAAAAUAUUUAUUAGCCUCAGGCUACCAUGACUAAGGUAGGUUUUGAACCAAGAAUGACUUGGCACAUGCACCUAGACUAUAUCCUAGAGCAGCUCUCAUUUAAUCCUUACAGUUGGUUUUGGUUUGUACAACCUUUCUUUCCAAGGUGCUCUUUUGGGCCAGAAAUGAUGUAAGAUUAUUGAAUUUAAUUUUUCUAAAACACCUGAACAUGUAAGCCUGCACAACCAAAUGUUUAGACUUGGAUCUUUCCAAAUGUUGGACAUAUGGAGCCGAUUUCAUUUUUACUGGCUACGAUACAUGAGUUAGCCAUACAUAGGAGAAUAUUUAAGUAUUGCCUCACAGUCACAGGCAGCUAGUUUUUCGAAGCCUGCAGGGGACAUGGAUGUGGGAGUGAUUGCCUUCAUUGUUGUUGGAAAAUGCUGAGGAAGUGUAUGCAAAUUGUGUAUAACUACGGAAAGUGUGUUUCAUUGGGAGCAGCCCAGUAUAAAUAGAUCAUUGUUUUGGUGACCAUUUGUCUUGGAUGAAGUGCUUACCGUGAUGUAGUCGAAUUGGAAAGCUGCCAGAAUUCAAACCCGGUGACUAUCUAGGCCCCAGAAUAACAAUUUGCAAAAGUGUCCUAUUUUUAGUGGGUUUGGACAUCACAAACCAUGGUUUCUCAUGAAUGGAAGAAGCCUAUCCUCUUGAAUGUCUGCAUGCUCCCCUUUUUCUCCCUGGUGUAACUGAUGAGGAGUUCAAAAGCUUUUGCUUCUGAUUUUGGUUUACAGCAGCCUAAAGCAGGGGUGGGGAACCUCAGGCCUACAAGUCUGAAUGUGGUCCUCCAGGCCUCUCUGCCCAGCCCUUGAGACUCUUUUGAAACCACAGCCCUUCACCAGCACUGGUCCACACUCUUCGAGAGUGCUUUUGCCUGGCUGGAAGUGCCCUUGGACUGUGAUAACACCUCUUGUUUGCCUGGAUGGAAGAUAGAGGUGGGCUGUUUGUGUCUGCAGAACCUCUGGCUUUUGUGUGGCUGGAGUCAGUGUUAGAAACUCAGAUCUAUUAGCUAGGUGCUGACUGGCUCCUUAAACCAGGGUUACAGUCGCCAUAUCUAGUUGCCAUUUUAAUAAUAAUAAUAAUAAUAAUAAAUUUUUAUUUAUACCCUGCCCUUCCCGUUUCAAAAACUGGGCUCAGGGCGGCUAACAGCAAAUUUAAAACACUUUUAGACACUUAAUUAUAAAAACGGCAUAAAAUACGGUAUAAAAACACGAAUAACAAUAAAAUUCAAAAAUCGAAAAUCAAUUAGAUAAUCCCCCGGGCUAGCUGGCUGAAUUGGUCCUACUUGGGCCAGCAAGGAGGCCAGGGGAGAAUUAGCUGUGGGGUCUCAGAGCGUGUGAUCUUCAUAAAAAGGGAGGGGGAGGGAAGAGAAGGGAAAUAAAAUAUCAGGCUGAAUUCAAAUUAAAGGCCAGGCGGAACAGCUCUGUUUUACAGGCCCGACAGAAGGAGGUUAAAUCCUGAAGGGCCCCAGUCUCAUGGGACAGAGCAUUUCACCAGGUUGGAGCCAUCACUGAAAAGGCCCUGGCCCUGGUGGAGGAUAGUCUGUCUUCCUUAGGGCCCGGGACCUCUUUAUUUUGGGGCCAGAUAGCUCAAAAGUCAUAUUUUUCAAUACAUUUUGGUUCCUAUAAUUCAUUAUGAUUGUGCAGAUAAAAUAUAGCAGAUGGAAUUCUUCAGGAUGGGAUAUAUUAGUGUGUGAAAGAUUAAAUGCCCCCCAGGAAUGCACCUCCAGAUGGUGGAAACGUCAGGUGCCAUCCUGGCGCCCUGGCAACUUCACUUGGUGUCAGGUGGCCAAUAGGUGCAAAAUGCACCUUGCGCCUGGCUAAAUUCAAACGCUGGCUGGAGUGUAACCUUCUGCACAAAGUUAAGAGUCACAUCCAUUGCUCCAGUCUAUUUUGCUUCAAGCCCUGCCCACUUUUGCCUCUCAGCCACUAGCACAUGGUCUCCAGAAUGUUGCAUAUGAGGGAAGGCAGCCCUUAGGCUUGAAGAGCUUCCUCACCCUUGGUUUACUGUUAGGCCCAAACCCUAAACUCUGAUGAAUCUAAAUGUGAUUAGUGGAAACAAGCCAGCUUUGUAAGUCGUGGUUUGAAGCUGGCUUGUUUCAACAAACCAGCGUUAAAACUAACUGCAGCUUGCCAGAGUCAGACAACGCGGCAGGGUGUGACUAAUCGAAAAUGGAAGUGAAAGCUUCUGAACAGCUCCUCAGCUGUAUUGAAGAGGAAACGAGGGAAGGCAACCCUAAUCUUGUUCCAUCAUGAUAAAACAUUGUUUUAGCAUGACAUCCUUAUAUAGACACUGAAAAGUCCAAAAUAUCUUUCAGGAGCUAAUGCUGGAUCUUUAAGUUUUGGUUGACAAAUACUGAGGAUAAAAUUCAAAAUCUCUUUUCAGGCAAUCAGAAAAAGGCAAUCUAAACCAUAAGUCAUGUUAGGAAGGACAGAAAAAUACUAAAUAGUCCAAGUGUGCCUCUCUGAAUUGCUUGUUUCACCACUGGGGCCUCCCCCAUCCCUUAGCUAUGAGCUGCAAUUUAGUUUUGGAGAGAGGAUAGUUCAAGCAAAAGUAACAAAUAUUCCCGGGAUUCUACAAGUGCUUUGUGCUUUGUGCCUUUCUUGAAGUGUGAACUCUUGAUUACUUCCUUAAUUAGUUCUUUCCGUCUGCUCCAUCUUACAAUUGGAAGCACGGAAGUGCAGGAUUAAAUUAUCGGGCGGCCAAUACCAAUUACAGAAAAUAAAUGAAACAUGGAGCCAGGUCACCAUUGCCUAGCAUAUUCUCAGCACGGCCUUUACACUGAAGGGUACUGAGUCACCCCUUGCAGAUGGCUGCCUUUUUUACUUCGGUGAGAGGUGAAAAAUGCUGAGCAUCUAACAGGAUUUGAGCCUGCUUGAAGCUGAGCCAUGUGACACAAGCAGUGAAUGAUUUGGCCUGUGCAAUUGCAUUUAAUUUUCAUUCCAAUAGUUUUCCCAGUGCUCUUGGCAGAGACAUUUCUUCUUCGUGGAGACCUCUGCUUGCUUAACCUCGGUCCCAGAAGAAUGAGUGAAUGUAUUCAGGGGCUCAUAGCAACUUAGCUAGUAGAAAGUGCUGAAAGAUUGGUGCUCCCCCUCCUUUCCCCCCUCCAAGCUGUCUUGUGGAAAUCCUUGUUGCGUUUGUAGAGUUGAAAAGAGUCAUGACCGUUGCCCUCUUUGUCUUUCAGAACAGAGAACAUGUGGACCUGAAGGUGGCCAUGCUAGAUAUGGUGGAAAGGUUAAAGUUCAAGUGCGCAGACCCCAAAGUAAGUUAAUAAAGUGCCUGCUGCCUUUUUUUUUUUGUCUUUUCAUUCUCCUUGAGAAAAAUGCUUGCUAACGACUAUCUGCACAUUACAUUAAGAUCUAAUUAAGCCUGUCAGUCAAUUUUUUUUUUUUUUGCCAGCUUCGUAUGUGCCUAGAGAUAAGUAGUCUCUUUCUCUUGCCCGCCCGCUUUCAUUUUAUGGCUUGAAAUGCACAAUCCGUAAUUGUCUUCCCUAAACAGCAUAUAAUUAUGGUUAUGAUUUUUUACAUUAUUUAUUUAUCUCAUCCGUAUACAGCCCUUCCUCCAAGAUGAUUUGCAUAGCAUUUGCAGCUCAAGCCUCUUGUAACUUAGGACUCCUUUUCAGACCCAGUGCCUACCUUUGACCCAAACACAGAUUUGGGGACCAACUGAUUAGUGUUUAAAACCCAUAUAUUUUCGUUGUGAUAGCAUUGCUUUUGUUACCCACAUUAGGCUGCAAAUCAGUAGUGGGUCUAGGCCCACCAGUUGAAAAUCAAUGUCGCGCUGAGGUAUGAUCACAGAAUCAUAAGAGUUGGAAGGGAUCCUGAGAGUCAUCUAGUCCAACUCCCUGCAAUGCUGGAAUCUCAGCUAAAGCAUCCAUGACAGAUGGCAAUCCAACCUCUGCUUAAAAAUCUCCAAGGAGGGAGAGACCACAACCUCGGGAGAGGGAAACCGUUCCACUGUCGAACAAUAAUUGGCCUAAGGUCACCCACUGAACUGUAUGGCUAAGGGAGGCUUUGAGCCCAGAUCGCUUAAUUCCAGGCCUAACUCUUGGUCUACUGAGGUAUACUGGCUUCAUUUCCUUAAGGGCCUAUCUACUUUCGGAGUGCAUAAUUAUUAAUCAGCCUGCUGUGGGAGGGAGUGGUGGUGCACCGAAACAGUAAACAUUGUAUUAGGGUACCAAAGAUGUUCACUUCAAUGAGUUGAUGAGGCUGUUGGCUUUCUUGUACAGUAGUCCACAUAGACAUAAUCGAGUGCCCUCUGAACCAAAUAUUUAUGUAUUGAAUGUGGGAGCGCAUUUUGUUUUACUUUAAUGAAAAGCACUCCUGGGGGCAAAAACCCCAGAUUAUUUGCUCUGGGCAAAUAAUAGGUCAUGGAAAGCAAUGAGGUUUCGGGGCCACCAGUGAAAUAAACCAAUGAUCUUGCACAUACCCUCUUUUACAUAAUUUAUAUCCUGCUCCUUCAACAUGGAUUUAUGUUCCUAGAACAGCUCGCAGAGGAGUAAGAGACAAAAAGUACAACUUAAAAUAACAUGAGCCAUGCAAACCAGUACAGAAAAUUUAAAACUACAAAUUAAACAGCAACAGCUGCCAGGUGGAUGUACUCUUCUGUUCACCAUUCCAUUCCCUGGAUCUGCCUACGCACUGGCUUUUGUGUUCUAGCCCCAUCUAGCUCCAAACAGAAAGUUGGAUACCUGUUGGUUGAAAAUUUCAGUCAGUAGAAUAAUGUGAUAUGAGAGUCAUAUACAAAUAUUUGAAGGGCUGUCUAUCUCCAGAGAGUAGGCUCAAAACCAGCAUGUCCAAAUUACAAGAAAGAGGAUUUUGACUAAAUGUUAGGAAUAACAUCUUGAUGCUGCAGAUUGUUUGGUGAACUUUUCUUCAUUAGAGGUUUUGAUGUGGAGACUGUGUGGCUACUUAUUUAUUAGUGGAUGCAUUGCAUUGGCAGCAGGGGUGGACUGAUGGCCUUUUUUGGACCUUAGCACCCCUUUGACCUGGUUAGCAUGUCAUGCUAAUAAAACAUAGCUUAGCACAGGGGCCUUAUCUGUUGUUCUUUCACCAUGGUUUGUGAAAAUAAGCCAUGGUUCAUUGUUGCCUUACUGACAUCUAUAGCUUGAAGUUAUGUAUGAACAUGGCUCCUCUUUUAACAGUAGUUUAUAUCUGUGAUUUGUUUCAUCACCCCACCCAAAUUGUCCAACAAGCAACAGAAAUGCUGGACAAGAGCGACUGGAAAACUAUGCUGCUUUCAAUGCUCAGCCGCUCACUGGUGCUAUUCUUGAAGCUGACAUCACUGCUAACAGCUUGGUAACAGGGCCCUCCACCCCAAAUCCGCCACACCCUUCUUUGAUUCACAGCUGCAUAAUGCGCUGGUACUGAAAACUUAACAGGAAUUUCUUUGAGCUGUUCCUUUUGCAGGCAUUUCCGCUGCUGGGUGCUUGGUUGGUUUGGUUGGCAAAUGAACAAUUUUGGGGAAUGUGCCUCCUUUAAAUGUGAGCAGCUUUUCAAGGGGAGAAAAUAUGGCUGCUUCAAAAAUUGUGAUGGUGGUUUGGGGAAUGAAAAAUAGAAAGUGAUUGUAGAGUGAAGAAGUGGAAGAAAAGGGUUAAACGACAGGUUGAAAAGGAGUGUGGAUGUUUUUUCUGGUGGGAAUAGAAGGCGCCAGUGACUGUUGGGUGAUGCUUAAGGCACAGAGACAGCUGAUGGUGGGAAGUAGGUGUGGUAGAAGCAAAUCUAUAUACAGUCAUACCUCGGGUUACAGACGUGUCAGGUUGUGUGUUUUCGGGUUGCGCACCGCGCUGAACCUGGAAGUACCAGAACGGGUUACUUCCGGGUUUCAGUGCUUUCACAUGCGCAGAAGUGCUAAAUUGCACUUUGCGCAUGCGCAGAAGUGCUGAAUUGCGACCUGCACAUGUGCAGAUGUGGCGCUGCAGGUUGUGAAUGCUGCAGAUUGCGAACGUGCCUCCCGCAUGGAUCACAUUUGCAACCCGAGCGUCCACUGUAAUGAAGCAAACCAUAGUUUCUUUGAUGGUCUGCUGAACAUCAUUUGGCUUAAGCAUGGUUUGUUCAAGAAACCAUGGUUUAAUGUGUGCAGUCUGAGCCUAUAUCUGCCUUGGUUCUUAAGCCUUUGCUGAUUGCCUCCAACAGGGGUGGUGAAUUCUUGAGAGUUGUGUCCCAUAUGGGAAGUAUCUAGGGGUCUGCAUGCCAGUUGUAAGCGAGACCCAAGGCAGAGUGGGGCCCAGGGCAAAAGUGGGCAGAGCAAUGGAUGUGGCUUUAACCUAUCUACCUUAGGUUACACACAAAAGUCAGAUGUUUCUGCAUGCACACAUGCACCAGGGCCAGAGAUUCCCCACGCUGGCUUACAAGGUAGCAUGUUUAUUAUGUUUUAUAACAAAGUAGAUUAAUAUUUAUCUAGUUCUGAAUCUAUACAUUGGUGUUCUGCAAUUCUUUAACCCACGUCAGAGAGUGAAUUGCUUACUCUUUUUGUCAGCUGUCAAGUGCAGAGUAUGUACCUCCAAAACUAUCCUCCAAUCUGAGUUUUUAAGCAUGUGCUUUGUGCUCUUCCAAAGGGGGACUUUUUGAGUGCCAACAAGGGAGCUGUGUGGUUUCCGUAGGCUGCGCCCUUCCAAUAUUAUGAAGUGGGCUCUUCACUCUGGUUUCAAAGUCAAAGUGAGAAGUGCUGUCAUCAGGGUCGAGAGAACGGUAAUUGUGUAAUACAGUAUCAUAGAGUGUGAUGCAAGAUUUAUGGGUCACACUCUUGAACUAGGUUGGCCAUCUGUACAGAAUUAAUAAAUACAAGUUGUUGUACUGGGGGAGGGUUUGAUAUUGUGAUUUAGGCCUGCCAACUGAUUAAAUGUGACUUGAUUCAUCAGUAAAAAGCAAGGCAGUUAAUCCAUGACUGUAAUACUUCUGUUAAGAGAUUAAUUUCAUUAAGACAGAUAUAUUUAGUGAUGCCUGGGGAACUGGUGUUGCCCAUCAAAGGGCUUUCUCAAUAAUAUCACCCAGGUUGUGGAAAAAAUUCCCUUUGGAGGUUAGGUUGGUGCCAACAUACAUACCAUUUGAAAACCUGCCCCCCCCAGCUGCUUAAGUUGGUGCGAUUGACCAUUGUAUCUUGUGUUAAUAGAUUACUGCUUUCUUUUUCUAUAACUGCUGUUUUAAAUUUGGUGUUUACACAUGCUGUACUUAGGAUGAAGGUCGGAAUAGAGACUAAUGUACUAAAUAAAAUAGGUGAUAUUUGCGGAAUAUUAACAAAGAAGAAAGGACAGUUGUAGAAGAAGAAACCCUCUCAAGUUUAUUUAUGAAAUCUGUAUCACACAAGCAGUGCUUUCCCCCCAAAAAUAUGUUUAGGGGUACUCCUCAUUUUCCUACUCAUAUUGAAAUACUGUCCCUCAGUGAGGCCAGACUUAGAUUCACAAAAUGUUUAGGCGGAUGCGUCCCCCCAGAAAAAAGAACUGCAUGCAAGCAACAUGAUGCCAUUUUUUGUUUGUGGUAGUGGUUCAUAACCAUCACUGACUCUCUCAAGAGUGCACAAAAGCAUGUCAAGUAAGUGCCACCCCCCCAGUGAUGUAUAAACAGUUGACCGUGGCUUAGGCUCCCUUUUCUAUUCCCAGAAUGCAUUUGGAGUUGGAAGUUUCAGCAUUGACCCUUGUUAAUUUUGGGGCAGGGCGUCUGAGCUAGAAAUAAAUAGAGCUGUUAUCCACCCCGCUCUCCAAAAAUGUUUCUUCUCUGACUCCUUAAAGCAGGAGUGACUAAACCUGGUGGUCAACAACAUUUGUCAGGUGACAGUUACCUUCAUCUGCAGUCAACAUGGCCAGUAGUCAGGAAUGAUGAGAGUGGUAGUCCAGCAAUGUCUGGAAUUCUGCAAGUUAGCCACCUCCUGGACCUAAGUCAUGGGAAAUGUAAAAGAUGCAUGAUGAAAAAUACAAGCACUGCAACUUGUGUUGAGAUGUUUGGGAAGGCUCAGACCAGAAUGCCUCCUUUAUGUGCUUAAAGAGGGCACUCUUACAGUGUUGAAGAAGCUCUCUCUCUUAUAGAUAGCUUUACUGUUCAACAUGGAACUCUGAAUAUCCAGCAUUCUGUAUAAGUAAAUGAGAUUGUAACUCCAAGGCGUUAACUAUGUUCAGAUCUUAACAGUCCACCCCGUUCUGUUCCUUUCUUGCACACGUCUAAUUGGCUAUUAUGUGCUUGCGUGAAAUUGUCUCCUUUUCUGCUGUUUUUAAUUGUCUUGGAAGAGCUAUUUAAGAAAGAAACAAACUGCUUCAAUCUCUGGAUGCUGCCGCAUCCUUGACUUGUACAAUCUGGCUCCGAAAAUCCUCCAGCGCUGCUGUUCCUGUAGCAAAUUUCCCGCUAGCAUCACAGGACUUGAUUAAUCCAAAUGCUGAUGUCCCACAGGCGCUGUAGUUAUUUUUAGCAUUAUGGUUGUGCAAAGGGUGGGUGAAGAUUUAUGGCUUUGUCUAGUAAAAAAUCUAGCUGCCUUUCUCUAUAUAUGGGACCUGGAUGCAUUCCAGCAGCUGCAUCUGAAACAGCAUCUCCUUCAUAGUUGCCAGCUCUUACGUAGCCCUUUUUGUUUUUUAAUUAAAAGUUCUAAGACCCUGAAAAUCUUGAAUGAAACUAGUCAGAGACAUAAGCAAGGAUUCUUAUUGUACUAUCUGGAUAGAGUGUGACAUAUCUAGUUCAGUCCUUAAACACAUGUAACUCAAUUCCAAUGGUCUUGCAGUUUCUGAACAAGUUGAUGAGAAGCGGGGUGUGUGAGUGUGCUUCACUACCACCUUCUUCACUUCAUAUAAUCCUUCCUAAUUGUCUGGAACAUCUAUUUCUGACUGCAUGAAAACAUCCUGUUUUCAGUUGACGUAUGCCUUGUGGUUUUUACCCAUCAGACUUCCAUGUAUAAAAUUGAGUUUUGCUCCUGAGGUUUAAGAACCGUGAGACUCUUAAGUCAGUUUUAAGCUUCUAGAAUUAAUGUGAGUUAAAUAAAUAAGAAAAUAAUGCCAUUUACGAAGAUGCUGUAUGUGUCCUAUGUUUUAAUCUCAAAAUUGUAUUGGAUUUAGCACUGUGACAAUAAUACAGUGGUGCCCCGCAAGACGAAUGCCUCGCAAGACGGAAAACUCGCUAGACGAAAGAGUUUUCCGUUUUGGAGGUGCCUCACAAAACGAAUCUGCUAUGGGCUUGCUUCGCAAGACGAAAAUGUCUUGCGAGUUCCUGGGUUUUUUUUUCCUUUUCCCCCUCUUUUUCUAAGUCGCUAAGCCGCUUAUCUGCUUAUCCGAUAAGCUGAUAAGCUGCUAAAAGCCGCUAAUAGCGCUAAUAGCGCUAAUCCGCUAAUCCGUCAAUGGGCUUGCUUCGCAAGACGGAAAAACCGCUAGACGAAGAGACUCCCAGAACGGAUUCUUUUCGUCUUGCGAGGCACCACUGUAGCAACAAUCAAGAAAUACAAUAAAAUCUCUGUUCCUUGAGCAAACUUUUUCAGGAAUGGAGUCUAAAGAAAUGAGGCAAAUAAUUGUGAUGAGAGGCGAAGUUCUAGGCCUAAUAGACAAAAUAAAAGCUGGUGAAUUGCCAGGUCUGGGUGCUAUUCACCUAAGAGUUCUCAAAUAACCCAUAUGUAAAAUUCUUUAUCUUCUAACAAAAAUACGUAACUUCUCCCUAAGAUCAUCCUCCACACCUGAGGACUGGAAAGUAGUUUAAUAUAACACCAAUUUUGGGAAAAAAUGGCUCCUCAAAAUUCCAGGCAGUUACCAUCUGUCCUGGUGGAAAGUAUUGUUAAAGAUAAAAUAACCAAGCACAUUGAAGAACAAACCUUGCUGAAGCAGAACCAACAUGGCUUCUGAAAGGAUAAGUCCUGUCUCUCUAAACUAUUAGAAUGAAUUGAGAGUGUAAAAAGCAUACAGAUGCAGUGACUGAGCUGACAUAAUGUCACUUCAGCUUUCAAAAAACCUUUGUCAAGGUACCUCACCAAAAACUCCUGAGUAAAUUUAGCAGUCAUGGAAUAAGAGACAAGGCCCUCUUGUGAAUCAGUAACUGGUUAAGUAACAGGAAGCAGAGGGUAGGAAUACAUGGAUAGUUCUCACAAUGGAGGGAUGUAGAAAAUGGUGUUCCCCGUGUGGUAGUGGCCCAAAGGGCCACAAUAAAUGUGAUACUGUGUACCCCUGUAAAUCCUUGAGUGUGCUUCUAAUAGAGAAGUUAUGGUAGCCCGCCACUUUAUGAAACUGAUUAUUUUGCAAGUUGCCAACCCCCACUGGGGCAGAAAUAGAUAAUAUGUGAAUCACAAAGAUACAGCUCAAAGCUAGAAGGUAAGUUGCUACAUGGUGCAAAUGGCUGCACGUAACACAGGUUCCCAACAUGCACACUAACACAAUAUAACAGAACACAGUGGGAAUCAGAACUUAAUCAGCAGAAAUUGCCACUGCUAAUUUCGCAUGUGUAUUAAACAUGAAAUGAGGUAAUGAUGUAUAUGAUUGGUGAAAAUUGAAAUGCUUUGUUUGAAAUUUUAUAAAUACCACAGCCUGGACCACCGGGCAGAGUUGCAGAACAAUCCGACUAUAACCUAUCGCUUUGCAGUAAACAAUGAUGGACUCCUAACUCCUCACAUUUCUGAGUUUUAUUGCCAUAAAAAAAGGUAAAGGUAAAGGACCCCUGACAGUUAAGUCCAGUUGCAGUCGACUCUGGGGUUGUGGCGCUCAUCUCGCUUUACUGGCCGAGGAAGCUGGCAUUUGUCCACAGACAGUUUCCGGGUCAUGUGGCCAGCAUGGCAAAACCAGAGCAGCGCACGGAAACACUGUUUACCUUCCCGUGGGAGCAGUACCUAUUUAUCUACUUGCACUUUGGUGUGCUUUCGAACUGCUAGGUUGGCAGGAGCUGGGACGGAGCAAAAGGAGCUCAUCCCGUUGUGGGGAUUCGAACUGCCGACCUUCUGAUCGGCAAGCCCAAGAGGCUCAGUGGUUUAGACUACAGUGCCACCCACAUCCCUUUUUAUUGGCAUAAACUCAGGAGAUAAACUAUUUUUGGCUUACAACACCCCAAGUAUUGAUAUUGGAGCUUAUGCUUUUUAACUUGUUCAUAAAUGAUUUAGAGUUAGGAGUGAGAGGUGAGGUGGCCAAGUUUGCUGAUGAUACAAAAUUAUUUAUGGUUGUUAAAAGAAAAAAAAGAUUGUGAAGAAUUCUAAAAGGACCAUACAGAGUGAAUGGGUGGUAAAAUGGUAAAUAUGGUGCAAUGCAAACAAUUGCAAAAUGAUCCUUUGGAGGCAAAAAAUCUGAAUUUCACAUGUACACUCAUGGGAACUGAACUAGCAGCAACUGAACAGGAAUGAGACCUUGGGGUCAUGGUGGUUAGCCCUAUGAAGAUGUCAACCCAUUGUGUGGCAGCUGUGUAAAAGGCAAAUUCCAUGCUAGGGAUCAUUAGAAAAGAAAUUGAAAAUAAAUGUUCUAGUAUCAUAAUGCCAUUACACAAAUCUAUGGUGUGACUACAUUUGGAAUGCUGUAUGAGGUUCUAGUUGUCUCACCUGAAAAAAAUAUGGUAGUUGGAACCUUCACUUUACAGCUUUUUGGUGUUAACCUGGCCUUUGACACUUGAGACAUGUAUUUUCAGGGCCAACCCUAUUCCUGUGACUAAUUUGUCUUAACAUCUGCUGGCUAGUUUGCAAAUGGUUUAUGUGCCUUUUCCUGUAAGCUUGAAAUAUUUUGAUCCCUGAAUAUGCUGCCAUGAACACAUGAAUGUGUACAUAGAAAAGUUUUUAUUGCAGACUCUUGUCUCCAUCACCCAUGAUACCUGCCCUGUUUUAGCUACCAUGAUGAGUAUAUAGCUAAAUCGCCUCACCCAGUUACUAUUUUUUGAAGAGAGAAGGUGUUGAACCAUUAUCUUCUUUAUUCUUAGUGAUGAAACCUUGAGCUAAACACCACCAAGAAUUAUUUUUCAGGCCAAAUUGCUUUUUCUUACUCAUUUUUUUUUUUAACAAUUCUUAUUCAUUUCGUGCUAUUUCAAGUCUUCGGCAAUAUUCGCUGCCAAAUGGUGAUUCAUUUGUGCAAACGGAUAAUUAUGAAGCAAAUGCCACUUUUGACAAGCAGAGCAAAGCUGUCAGGCUCUUUCCCCUUGAGCAAUGCCACUUUUUGUUUCCAGUGCUAGAUUGUAUUUGACAUUUAAUUUAAGCGCCCUUGGUACCUACUCACAGGACUUUGCAAUGAUAAUGGAGAUAAAGCAACCGAGAGCUGCUUAUGACAGAACCUUUAUUCUUCCAAUUGUCCCCACACUUCAGAUUGCACUGAAGUGCCUUAUUUGCAUUGAGAAAAGUGUCUUAAGCUAGAGACUCAGGGGAAGAGGGAAGAGACCCAGAAUGAUUUAAUCAUGAAACUCAUUGUUUUUUUUACUCGUGACAUAACACACUGAUCCACUUGCCACAGAGCAACCCCCCCCUCUGUGUGUGUGUGUUUGUAUGCACAUGCACAUGUAUGCAGCAAAAGUAAAGGUAAUAGACAGGAGAGCUCUCUUGGCAGCAAAGAGCAGAGCAGUUGAGUAAUUCAAUUUGCAGUCUUCCCAGCACAAUUGGUUCUCCAUGUGCAUACACAUUCCAUCGAUCUGUAGAGGACUUGGCACAGAGAAAAUGCCACUGGUAAUAUUGGCAUAGGCUGUUCUCCCAUGAAUUGGAAAGCAGAUUUUCUCCCCACCCCAAACCAUCUCACCCCAAAUGCCUUAACCUUAUGGAUAUUCAUGGCACUGCCAUCUCCACGACCUUGUCAGAUGCUGAAAGCUAAAUAGGGCACAUGGGCUCAUUUCUGAGCAGGGGCGACUUCCAAAAAAUAAAUAAAUGCCAUGAUUUGAAAAUAAAUGCAGCUAUGCUACAGCUCUCUCUAGGGAGUUGGUAUCAGUUGGUGUUUAGUAGAUAAGGGGAAAUGUUAGCAAGCAGUUGGCACAAUGCUUAUGAAAACCUAGGGCCAAGAGACAGUUUAUACUUUAAAUCAUGCUAGUGUACCUGCCUCUCUAAUCUUCCCUUAUGUUUUGAGAAAAGAUGCAUUCAUAUCAACAGGUGUUUUACAAAUUCCCUGGGGACCUGGUUUCUUGGGAGUGUUCCUACAUGCAUUAUGUUUAUGAGAAUACAGUUUGCCAAAAUGUUUAUGAAAACAAAGAGGACAUAGACAUGUUUCUAUAUGAAAAAGUCAAAACUGUUCACAUAUUAUGAGUGAUGUACAGGUAAGUUUCUUGCUUGUGUUUUGAUGUAAAGCAGCGGCGGAGAAUUGGAUUGUGCCAGAGAGCCAUAUCCUUAGUUCCCCCUGAGAGCCACCUUUGAUGGGUGAGACCAGCCGGCUGUCAGUUACCUGACAUUACACUGAUGCAUGUGACCUGUUUUCUUCUACUUGCAAAGCAAACCAUGCAGACACAAGACUUUUCAGGCACCAUUGAUUGGCAGGGCCUGCGGGGAGCUGUAUAUUUACUUGCCCCACACCUGAUGUCAUAUAUAUGGGAUCAGGUAUAAAACAGGUGGCCAUGGCUGGGCUUGCAACACAUUAAUUAGGAAACAUUAAUUAGCCGAGUGGGGCUAAUUAAUCCCAUGGAUUGAAAGUUCCCCACCUCUUGUCAUAAAGAAGCUUAGUAGAAUGAGGAGGGUCAACGUUCUGGCAACACACAGUAUAUGCUAACUUUAUUCUGCAAAAUUUCAUUUCCUCUUUUUUUUUUUUUUAAAUGAUUUCUUUAAAUUGUAAAUUUAUUAAAGAAAGAGGGCAGGAAAGAGAAAAGGGGAAAACAAAAACAAAAUAGUCCCUUAACAUUCACAAUACAAUAAACAUCAAUAAAGGUAAAGGUAAAGGUAAAGGUACCGCUGCCCAUCAGGGCCAGUCGUGACCGACUCUAGGGUUGCGCGCUCAUCUCGCUCAAGAGGCCGGGAGCCAGCACUGUCCGAAGACACUUCCGGGUCACGUGGCCAGUGUGACUAAGCUGCAUCUGGCGAGCCAGCACCAGUGCCGCACACGGAAACGCUGUUUACCUUCCCGCUAGAAAGCGGUCCCUAUUUAUCUACUUGCACUUAGGGGUGCUUUCGAACUGCUAGGUAGGCAGGAGCUGGGACCGAACGACGGGAGCUCACCCCGCCGCGGGGAUUCGAACCGCCGACCUUUCGAUCGGCAGGUCCUAGGCUCUGUGGUUUAACCUACAGUGCCACCCGCGUCCCGUGACAUGUAUAUUAAUUUACACGUACAGGUGGAUAUAUGCCACUCAAAUGCCUGAAUGUUAUCCAAACAAAGUACAGUGGUGCCCCGCAAGACGAAUGCCUCGCAAGACGGAAAACUCGCUAGACGAAAGAGUUUUCCGUUUUGGAGGUGCCUUGCAAAACGAAUCUGCUAUGGGCUUGCUUCGCAAGACGAAAAUGUCUUGCGAGUUCCUGGGUUUUUUUUUCCCUUUUCCCCCCUCUUUUUCUAAGUCGCUAAGCCGCUUAUCUGCUUAUCAGAUAAGCUGAUAAGCUGCUAAAAGCCGCUAAAAGCCGCUAAAAGCCGCUAAAAGCCGCUAAUAGCGCUAAUCCGCUAAUCCCAUCAAUGGGCUUGCUUCACAAGACGAAAAAACCGCUAGACGAAGAGACUCCCAGAACGGAUUCUUUUCGUCUUGCGAGGCACCACUGUAGGUGUUUAUAGAAUAAUGUUCAGAUGGAGCAAGGGCAUUAAAGUCUUCACACCAUUACAUAAUAGAUGGUGAGUAUUUAUCCUUACAGGCUUGAAGUAUGUCUCUUAGCGACCAUUGGGUUUUCCUGUUGUAAGUCCCCAUGCCACUGGUAUAUAUGUAAUUUAAAACAUCCACAUAUAUCAGAGGUUUCAGCAAUACCAUAUUAAUAUGGACAUCAACUUCAAACCAAAAAGGAUUUCUUACUGAGACAUUCACAGCAUUACACCUCCAGCAUUUAGUUGCUUUAAACAAUGCUUUAUUGUAGAGACUUUGUAUAGUCCAGUAUACCUCAAAUACUUUUUUUGCUGAAUUGGUCUCAAUUUUAAAUCUAAGCAUUCUGUGUAGAUCCUAGAGCAGUUUCCCUUGGUUAAGGCUAUAUAGAGCAUGCAGCAAAACUGCGUCUCUCUGGAUGACUUGUGGUGUGGCUACAGAAAAUGCAAAAAAGCUGUUGCUGUUGGUGGGGUGGCAUCGUUCAUGAAGUCAGAUGUGACAGCAUCUGCAAGGCAAUACGAUGCCCAUUCCUCAUGUAGCUUUAGUGUUACCUGGAGGCUCUUCUCAUGUGCGAAGGGAACAUAUUCACUGAAUAAAAUGAGUUCUCUGAGACUUCAUCCGUGGGGGCUGAGUUAUUUUGAAAGCAGAACUGGAAAACGGCAGCACCUGUUCCAGCCUUCAGAACAAGUGGGCACAUUCUGGAGAUGUUGGCAGUUCUGUAUACCCAGAUGUGGCACCUUUUUUAAAUUUUUUUUUCAAAGAACCCUUUUGAUGAAUCCGUUGUUGUACGUUAACCACAUCCAUAUCUCUGCAAGUUGUCCGGAUGCCGCUGAUGAGUACCAUCAAAAGGCAAAUGCACAGCGCACUAAUGAGCUUGCUGAGCAGUUGUCAGAAACAUCACUCCUAAUGGAACAAAAUUGCUUUAUAAACAGACGGGCCAGGAGGCCGGUGAAUGACUAAUCUGAAAUUCUUUGAAUUGGCUUGAUUCAUGAGCGGAGAAUCUAGUUUUAAUUGGAGCAGAGGCCUGGCUAUGUUUCAAGAGACCAGUGUGGUGGUGCGCUUUCCACCCUGUUGCUGUUUUGCCUCUGUGUUUUGUACCAAAGUUUCAAUGAACGUCUUGUGGAGAGAGCGAGAGUGACAUAUAUUGAUGGCUGCACCGCUCUGCAUCAAGGAAACCCUAUCUUCAGAGCCGUUAAUGCAAAUCACUGUUCCAAAGAAUCAUUCAUAAAAUAGUCAUUUCCCCUGUGCUCCUUGGCUGAGCUUCUUUCCCCACCCCAACAUCCUUCACUUUCCCACCAGCUACCUGCUGUGCUAUCCAAGGACACAUUGCAGCCAUCUGUAUAGGUGGGUAGCAAGAACCACCACCUGGUGCUGCUUUAAAACCUGGAUACAUGGGCUCAGUCUUGAUUUUGUGCAUGUCUGUCCCACUGCCCCACACUUUUGCCUUGAACAGUUUAAUGAGCCUUUUAAAACAAAAGGAGGGUCAAGUGUAUUUUGGGAGGGAGAGUGGGUUACAAACUGCAGGGGAUGGGGUAGGUACAAUUUUCUUGGGCACAAGUGCAUGUUAGAGAGUGGGUUGGGAGUAGUUAAACGCUUGCAAGCUUAAAAUGGUUCCUCCUUAUAUGCAACAGGUUGCGUAGGCUUUCAGAAUUAGCAUUCUGUUUGUUUACAACUUGAUGAUUCAGUUUCACAGAAUUUGGAUGUCUCAGGAUGGGGUGGGGGUUUAGGCUAAGCAUUAUGGUGGUAGAAGGAGGGUUAAUGAAGUAACAGGUAAUAUUAACAGAACUUAUAGGGUGCCCUAUUAGCAAGAUCUCAGGGUGGUUCACAACCAUAGGUUUAUUGUGAGUUGAGAGAGCCCCAUCUUACAUUGAAGAACCCCAUCUUUCCUUGACACUUUUUUCAUUCUGGCUUCCAUGCUGGCUACUCUUAGAUAGGAUAGACACUGACCCAUAUUCCUCUAACUUUCAGGAUUGAUUUUUGCAAUGUGUUCUAUAUGACAGUACGCUCAAAGAUGACCUGGAAGCUUUGGUACUAAUGGACCAUCACCUAUUCCCAUGGUUCAGCACUGGCUACCACUCUGCUUUUGAGCAUAAUUCAAGGAGGGUUGCUGUUUUUAUCAUUGCUUAAAACCCACAGCUGCCUUUUGUAUGAGCCCUUCUGCCAGUCAAGGCCUAGUCAUCUGGCACUGCUCUCUAGCCAGUCCUUCUGGUGGGACAAUGGCUGCAAGAAGCAGGAACCUUAGGAUCAUGGCCCCAAUGCCCUCCUUCUGAAAAAGUUAGGAAGUCUCCCUUUUAGGGUUUUAAAAAAGUUGGAAUGCUUUCCUUUUUUUAAUAGGGAUUUAGCCCUUCCAACUAGUGGACUUUUUAAAAAUGCUGUAAACUGCUUUAGACUGUUUCUGAGAAAGCACUUCUCAACAGUUGUAAAUAAAUAAAGGUACAUUCACAUGAGUAUCCCUAACGAUGCUUUUGCUUUGAUUUGUGGUUUUAGAGCUGUCCUUGAAAUUGCACCGUCGCUUCAAUGCCUCAUUGAGAAGCUGAAAUGCUGGCUGGCUUUUUACCUGGCAGGAUAUCUGGCUAAUAGGAUGAAUGUGUCUGAAGCAAGCGAGCUGUUUCAGCAUUCUCUUUUUGCUGCUUCCUACCCUUGACCUGUGCAUCUCCCCCAGAAUGCCUCAUGAGCAAUUUCCAGGACAACUCCAGCGCAACGCCUUGUUUUUCGUCAUCAUUCAGUGGUGCUAAUUUAAUAGAGAAUGUGGCUUAUGCUCCUUGCUGACACCAGAGUCACUGGAAAAAUUCGGUGCUAACUAUUGCCAUUUUUCAAAAGAAGGCAUCUUCUGCUAGUACCUGUAGUUUUUUUCUCUCCAUAUUCUUGUUUUAUGUUGCUAUUUCCCCCCUCACCUACAAUUAAAGUGCUGCAAAAAUAAUGUGGUUGCUCUGCAGGCCCCCCCCCCCAACACACAGAGCUUGCACAAUUGCUCCUGUGUUUCAAACAAUGCCCAUCUGCGAUUUGCAGCUUCAGUUUUUAUAGGUUACUCACAGCCAGUUUGCAUUCGCAUACUAGGCUGCAGGAGUCAUACAGGCGUUGGGAUAGAACUGGAGAGAAUUUUUCUGGCUGGUUUAGAGGGAGAACCUUCACUUCUAACACAUUCUUAAAACGGGGCUGGUUGUUCUUUGGCAGGUAUUCCUGGUGUGCAGGAAACAGAUACUCAGCUUCCCUGUUACUAGCAUCCCCGGGAGUGUUUGUUUUCUAGCCUACUUGUCCUAGUGAAGUGCACCAUUAAGAUUGCAGUUCUAUACGUAUUCACCUGGGAGUAAGUCCAUUAAUUUUGGUGGUACUUGCAUCAGAGUGCACAUGCAUUGGGUUGUUGCUUCUUUCUUGUGAGUUCCUCGUGUGCAGUGGUUCUGACAAAUACUUCCAGAUGAGCAGGCUAUGAUGAAGCCAAUGGACACUUGCUAUUCAGUCCUAUAUUAUGCAUUCAACAGCAUGAAAUGGUACAGUCCUGAAGUGGUGAAGCGGACUGAUCAGUUUAAAUGCUUUCCAAUUUUGUUGUACAAAAAGGCCUUGCUGGAAGACGAUUACCUUAGGUAGCAGUGCAUUCUGCACUCAUGUGCUGAUCUUACCUCAUUCGGCCACCCUCAAGAUGCAACAUCUGAUGUGCAGGUUUUACAUUUGCGACGUCCUUUAAACCACAAUAGCAUGGCACUUUUUUUAGGCCAAUGGACAUGCAGUGAGGACUGUGAUUAUGAAAGUGCCAUGAGCACCCUUUUGACGGUGCCUGUGACCUCAACUCAUAUCAUUUUCUGACUAGUUUAGAAAUUGAAUAUUUUAUUUGUACAUGUGAGAGAUUGAGUAUUCUGCAAAAUGCCAUCUGAGUAUUGCACUUUAAAAAAAAGGUGGAAGAAGUAAGCAUAGUUAUCCCACUUUAUGGUUGAAAUGCUGUGACAUUGGGAAAAACUUUGCCUUGCAUUUAUUUCAUUAGAUCUUUCCAGGCCAUGCCACCCAUCUUUUUUUGCUGCUGCUGUGAAUAUGGUGCCAUCUAUUUACAAAGAACAGAUUUGAGUGGUUCCUACCCCUAGGGGGGUUAUCUAAAAUGAAUUGUAGAAUCAUAGAAUUGUGGAGUUGGAAGGAAUCCCAAGGGUCAUCUGGUCUACUCCCCUGCACUGCAGGAAUGUCAGCUUGAUCAUACAUGAUCAUACAUUGAUCAUACUUAAAAACCUCCAAGGAAGGAGAGGCCAGUAGCUUUCAUGGGAGUCUGUUCCACUCUCGAACAGCUCUUACUGGUGGACAUUUCUCCCUGAUGUUUAGUUGGAAUCUCCUUUCAUGUAAUGCACGGUGCACUUUCUUUUUUGUUAAGUAGAGGUCUUGCUCCCCUACAGCAGUUGUCAUUUGUAGUUGUACACAUGGAUUUCAUGCUGUGUUUUGUGAAGAUUUCUUGUGUUAAAGUGUUUUCUACACAUACAUUUUGUCAGAUCUGUACUUCUAAGAAUGGGUCUAUAUGUUCCAUUUCUCUCACAUCUACAUAACAGGAAUCAAAAGGAUGAUCCGUGAAGCACCUCAUUCCUCCAUGAAGGAGUAGAGGUGUGGUGUGGGAAGAACUUAUUUCCAGAAAUUCUCCAGCUUUGCCCCACUGCAGAUUGCAGAAGUGCCAUUACAGCUGCAAUCAGCCUUGCUUGCCUUCACUGUUGCAGUUCUCUGUCCUGCUGCCAUGAAGCUUCAGGUCUUAUGUGUCUAUAGAUUACAACAUUUGGCUCACCCUGUGGAAAUACGACCUGUAUUUUUGUACAUGCACUACUAGAAGACAAAAUCCUGCAUGUUUUUUCUCCUCCUCAAGAUAGAAGUUGGGAGUGAGGGUGUAAAAAGGAUAAUUUGAGCAAAGCUCAACUGUUCAGAAAUCUAGGCCUUUUUCUUAAUUCUUUAAAUAAGCUAUCCAAUUUAAGAAGCGUGAAUUUAUGCAUCAAGUUUGUGGCUCUCGCUUGGAGGAAAUCAGAUAUUCUCUCUCUUGCGGAGAGUUGCCUGCACGCUGGAGCCUGCGCGUGCUGAGCUCAGCGUGCCCAGGCUUGGCGCAGCUCUCCGCAAGGUGCGGGAGCCCAGCGCUGGGAUCCCACGGCUUGCAGAGAGUUGCCUGUUCUGGGGGCUGGGGUCGGGGGAAGUUCGGGCUUCCCCCGCCCCAGCCCUGCACCUGGGGGGGGGGAAUAAAUUUUUUCCCCUUUAUUUCCCCCCCAAAAAACUAGGUGCACCUUAUGGGACGGUGCGUCCUAUAGGGCAAAAAAUACGGUAUUUGUCCCAGGGGUUUGGAUCACAGUGCAUGGACUCAUUGAUCCCCUUCCCUCUCAUGAACACUAGAGACGUGGGUGGUGCUGUGGUCUAAACCGUUGUGCCAGAAGUGGUUUAGUCAUGCUGGCCAGAUGACCCGGAAAGCUGUCUGUGGACAAACGCCGGGUCCCUUAGCCUGAAAGCGAGAUGAGCGCCGCAACCCCAUAGUCGCCUUUGACUGGACUUAACCGGAGUCCCUUAACCUUUUUUUUUAACUAUGAACACAUUUUAGCUCUCCAACAGCUACUCUGCAAAGUUCUGGAAGAAUAUUAAUCCUUGGGUUGUUUAUUUAAAUGAUUCAGCAGCAGCCCUAUUUAUUUAUUCAAAGAAUUUAUAAACUACCCACUAUUUCUGGAUGAAAGACAAGUCCUUUGUUUGCUUGCUUAUUCAAAUAAUUUUGCACCCAUGUUUUCAUUUAUUUAUUUUAAAAAAUCUGCCCAUCAUUCAAAGAUAUUGUGUCUUGCUGUGCCACCAGUGACUAUUGUGUGGUGAUGUGGGAUUUGGCCUUCCCUAUAGUGGCACCCUUUCCCAGGAGGUGUGAUGGGAUUCUCUCACCAUAUGAAAAUGUAUUUGUUCUACCAGUCUUUUGAAGGUAUCUGUUUAGGGUCCCCCCCCCACCCCGAGUUUGGGGUAAUUCCAUAUCUCAAUACUAUUCCUGCUUAAACAUGAAAUAAAUUAAAUGGUCAGAAAUUCUCUUUUAAAAAGCCCAUUUUUCUCUUAUACUUCAGGUGACGCAGAGUGCCAUGAAGCUGUGCAUUCAGCAAGAGUUCGACAAAGUACGGUGCCUGGUUUGUGAAGAGGAACACAGAGCUCUCCACUUGGUGGAUCUCCAAGAAGCACUGGCCACUGCUCACACGACAGAAGUUCUGGCAGAAAUUGAUGUUCGCAUGGAAAAACUGAUGACAGAAAUGGCAGAGCUCACAAGGCAGCUGAACACCUUUAAUGAGCUAGCCAUGCUCAAGCCUGAGGUAAAUAAAGUACAUGCGAAGCAGUUAACAGCAGAGAGCCGUAAAGCUUUAUGAUGGAUGCAGAGGUUUAGUCUACUUUAUUGCUUGUCAGCAUUUAAAGAUGGCCACAAAUCCACUAAACUUCCAAGGGGAUAUGCAGAGUUGUAAGUAAUAACGCAUUAUGAGUUGUGUGUGGUUAUGUUGAUACCCAAUUGACUGAGGUGGUUUGAAAGGGCACAAAGCCAACCGCUUCCAUCCAUUUCAAAGCAAGGCUGCAGCGCUUUGCUGCAUGAUGUUUGUAUCUCAGGACCCAUACAGAGUAUUUUUCACAUUUUUGUUACUCCUUUCAAUUCUGCUUUCUAUCAAAGUAGAAAGAACACAGUAGAAUGUUGCAUUUUGGUUAUAUUUGAUGGCUCCCCUUUCUUCCUUUAAAGGAGGAGGAUACUGUGCUUUUUUGUCCUAGAAUAGGUCUGUGUUUUUAUUACAGCUUUCGGGUUGGCAUGAAUUUUAUUUGACAGCUGUUUUAGCCACUUUGGAUAUACAGCAGCUAUCUCCCAUAUGCCACAAUGAUGGUCUUAUGUUUUCAGUUUGGGGUUCAGCAAACCACUCAUAUAAUCCAAAUACCUAGCUGUAAAAGUAAGCAUAGAUUAUCUCAGGCAUAGGCAAACCUGGCCCUCCAGAUGUUUGGGGACUACAACUCCCAUCAUCCCUGACCACUGGUCCUGUUAGCUAGGGAUGAUGGGAGUUGUAGUCCCCAAACAUCUGGAGGGCCGAGUUUGCCUAUGCCUGGAUUAUCUCAUCCAGCCCCUUGGCCUGAAGCACUUUAUAAUAGGCCUAAAGCAGACCUACACUAUUUGAGAUACACUAAGCUGAAUAUUUUUUUUUUAAUUAUUAUUAUUAUCAUCAUCAUCACCACCACCACCACCACCACCACCACCACCAUCAUUAUUAGAUUUAUAUACCACCCUUCUUCAAAAGAUCUCAGGGUGGUUCACAAUAAUGUUGUAAUUAACAAAAAAUAUCUUCCAUCCAAUAUUUUCCCCCAUUGAAUACCAGAAAUUAGUUACUCUGAUUGGAGACAUUUCCACUGAAAUGCUUGGAUCUACUCUGUGACUUUUCUAUUGAUGAAUUUUACACCAAAUCACCAAUAGAGAAAUGGUGGUCCCACUUAUUCUAGCAGAGAUACAUCCAAAGUCAGUUAACCAAUAUCUAGGUGGUACAAAAUAUAUUGUUUCUUUAUUGAUCCUUGUAGGGCUCAAACUCAUGUCCAGUUCUCGGACAGGACAAAGGCUUGCUAGAAGAUUCUACUUAAUUAAGCACGCUAGAGAACUUAAUAAUAAUGAAGGAUCCUCGUUUACUGGCACAGAAGGGUUCCUGAAUCUUAAACAAGUUUGAAUCCCAGUUCAGUGAUAUCUUUCCAUGUGCAUUCCAUGGGCAUCACUUUGAGCUUGCACUAAAUAUCAUUUACCAUUUUGUUGACCUUAAUGCUGUUGGAGAGAUCUGUUUGGAGCUCUUAACUGACUGCUUUGGUUUUCACCAUCCGGAAUCAUUUUGUGGCGCUUGCAAACUUAAAUGAUGGUUUACUUUGAGCCCACAUUGUUUAAGAAUAACAUAAACAGGAGAUCUAUGAUAGACCCUGGUACUUUUGUUGUUGUUUAGUCGUUUAGUCGUGUCCGACUCUUCAUGACCCCCUGGGCCAGAGCACGCCAGGCACUCUUCCACUGCCUCCUGCAGUUUGUUCAAACUCAUGCUGGUAGCUUCGAGAACACUGUCCAACCAUCUCGUCCGCUGUCCCCUUCUCCUUGUGCCCUCCAUCUUUUCCAACAUCAGGGUCUUUUCCAGGGAGUCUUCUCUUCUCAUGAUGUGGCCAAAGUAUUGGCGCCUCGGCUUCAGGAUCUGUCCUUCCAGUGAGCACUCAGGGCUGAUUUCCUUCAGAAUGGAGAGGUUUGAUCUUCUUGCAGUCCAUGGGACUCUCAAGAGUCUCCUCCAGCACCAUAAUUCAAAAGCAUCAAUUCUUUGGCGAUCAGCCUUCUUUAUGGUCCAGCUCUCACUUAUUAUGUAACUUUAAAGUGUGGUUAAGUACUCAUAAUACUAGACAAACUUAAUAAGAAAUAAGUUCUUGAAUCUUGUUCUAUUUUAUUAUAUCUUGAUUUGUGGCCUGCAUAUUCAUGGCACAUGCUUACAGUUAAGAUUGUCUUUACUCCCCAUCUAAGACUUUAUUCCAACUUCUUGAAUAAAAAUACAAAUGUAACCUUGGUGAAACUUUAAUUACCGUAUUUUUUUGCUCUAUAAGACUCACUUUUUCCCUCCUAAAAAGUAAUGGGAAAUGUGUGUGUGUCUUAUGGAGCGAAUGCAGGUUGCGUAGCUAUCCCAGAAGCCAGAACAGCAAGAGGGAUUGCUGCUUUCCCUCUUGCUGAACUUGCUUCUGAGAUUCAGAAUAUUUUUUUUCUUGUUUUCCUCCUCCAAAAACUAGGUGCGUCUUGUGGUCUGGUGCGUCUUAUAGAGCGAAAAAUACGGUACUUCCUAGAAGUUGUAUCACUGAUUUUAAGAAACUAAGUUAAGAAAGAACUUGCACUGAUUUUUUUUUAAAAAUUGUUAUAAGCACAGAUUGAGCCUAUUCCACACCCUUUGAUUCACCUGUCUUAGAAAAGGAACCAUAGGUACUUUGAUAGUUGGGUGGAAAGGUUGUUGAUCUCUAUAGAUCACAGAAAUAUUUUUACUGUUAGUACCUUGGUAUCUUUUGUUCACUUUAUGUUCUGCAGCUUUCCCCCCUCGAGAAGGAAGACUCUCUGGAGCAGUCAUUGAGUAAAGGGAUUUUCUCUUCCUUUAGUCUUGUGAGGAACAGGGUUUGUUCACCCACGUCUUUAAAAAUUAAAUGCCAAGCCCUGUCAGUCAGUGAUUUUUUUCCACAUCAACCUUCUUUAUCUUGUCUCUGUUUCUUGCAAACUGUAUACCGUGAGCUAGAGGUAAAGGUAAAGGUAAAGGGACCCCUGACCGUUAGGUCCAGUCGUGGACCACUCUGGGGUUGCGGUGCUCAUCUCGCUUUAUUGGCCGAGAGAGCUGACGUACAGCUUCCAGGUCAUGUGGCUAGCGUGACUAAGCUGCUUCUGACGAACCAGAGCAGCGCAUGGAAACGCCGUUUACCUUUCCACCGGAGCGGUACCUAUUUAUCUACUUGCACUUUGACGUGCUUUUGAACUGCUAGGUUGGCAGGAGCAGGGACCGAGCAACGGGAGCUCGCCCCGUCGUGGGGAUUCGAACCUCCAACCUUCUGAUCAGCAAGCCCUAGGCUAUGUGGUUUAGACCACAAUGCCACUCGCGUCCCUAGUGUCCCCAGGUUCUCAUAUGCUAAUUACGCCUUGUGUGGGGCAAUAUUUCUCUUUGUCUAAAUAGUUAUUAUACAACUUUUUCUCCUCCCUGCCCUUUAAAAAAUAGAAAAUACAAAGAAACGGUGAGCCUAGAAAUAGAACACUUCUGCUGUAGGCUCGGUGCUAGAAUAAACAUUAGUUUAAACAGAGCUAUAAUUCAAGAAAGGACUGGAUCUGGAAGGUGACUGAUGAAUUCGUAAAUGUAGUUUUAAACAUACAGUAUAUCUAAAAACAGUAAAUUCUUCAUUAAUCUGGAUCUGUUAGGUUAAUACAUGAAAACUGAAAUAACAUAAUAGCCCCAUUUUUGUUCUGAGUAAUUAGGUUUCAUGAAAUGAAGGGAGCAGAAAGAGAACUAGUACUGUUCCACCACUACAUUCUGAGGCAGAAGUGGGGAAUCUGUGUCCUUCUCGGCAUUGCUGAAUUCCAGCUCCCAUCAGCCCCAGCCAGCAAAGCCCGGAAUGAGGGGAGUUGUAGGCCAGAAACAUCGGGAGGGCCAAAGGUUCCCUUGUUCUGAAGACCAUGUCUUUGCCAAUCUCAUGUUGUGGGGGGAGGGGGAAUAUGGAAAGAUGCUGGCUUAUGUGCUACACACCAUAUCUUAUGAACACAGGAAGUUUCCAUGUUCAGAACCAUCUCAUUAGGGUUCCUAAGCCAUUGCUGGCUACGUUGAGUGGCAGUUGCUCUUCAAGGUCUCAGUCUAAGAGUGUUUUUAACUGGAGAUGUUUGGAAUGGAACUUGGGACAUUCAGUAUGCAAAGCCUGGCUCUCUGUUCUCCAUCUGCUACUAGGCUGCUGAUGUAAUGUUUGCCCAAGCCUGCCUUUAAAAGCACCAGUUGCUUACCAAAUAAUUUAAGAAAGCAUGGAUGAGUUAUAUGCAUUUCUUUAAUGUCCUGGAUAUGCUCGCUUGUCUCUUUAAACAAAUGUCUAUUAAAUUUCUCUAUUAACUGGAAGUUUAUAUUUUGCAUCUCCUCCUUAUCGGACCCUCAAAGUGAGCAGAUAUCAAAGCUUGUUUAAUGUUGCCCUUUUCUCAGCCGAAGAGAAAAUGUUGCUUGUGUAACUCCACAGUGGUAUUUACAUAGAACUGAUUAUUGCAAUGCCCUUUCCUCUCUCAGAAUGUGAUAUAAAAUGUCCUUAAUGCGCCACGGUUUAAUGAGCAUCGAGCCAGCUUCUUUUUUUGCCUCAGCGUAUGUGUUGCCUUUAGUUCACACGCCUAUGUGAAGGCAAGAAGGAGCCAGCCCAAUUUCUAUGGGAUUGUAGGUAUUUAUCAUUUAAGCACCAGGGCAUAUGGGGGGAAAAAAAACCCAUAAUGUGAAAUGUUAGGUACCAUUAGGGCCUUGUGCAAUCGUGUGCCAUCUGCCAUCCCAAGCACUGCAUAAGUGUUAUCAACUAUCAUUCGUAGCAGGAUGAGGUGGUGUCUUCAGCAAUUUUCAUCCAGAAUUGUUCUCAGCUGGCCAGGAUGACCUGAGAAUCCAGAGUGAAGGGCUCAAGCGUGCUUAAUGGAUGAAUGGGGAGAUGAUCACUGUUGUUAUUGCCGCAGGCCCAGUGUAAUAAAUGAUCUUUUCUGUGUGCCCUCCUGGUUGCAUGUAGCCUGCAGCUUGCAAUGUAAUGAUAAUGACCUCCAUUAGCUGAGUGGAACUUCUCUUUUUAUCAUUGGACACUAAGCCUUGCAUCUGACUGUCAUACAUGACUUAUUCGCACUAGUCUAAACAUGAAAACCAGUGCUUGCAGGGCUGCUCUCAACGUUGUUUUAUUUUUGUUUGUUUGUGUGUUUUCCUGCAGAGCACAGAUGAAGAAAACAGGUGAGUACACUGACUUCUUUCCAAGUUUAUACAUUUCACUAGUUUUAUACUUUUCACUAAUUUUACAGUCAUGUUAACAUUUCAAAACUUGACUUCCCUCUCUUUCUGGAGUUCCUUCAAUUUAUUUUUAAUAACCUUUGCAUAUCCAAAUUAACUUAAUUUGCUCAUUUAUUCUUCUACUUUAAAUAUAUACUCUUAUAAAACUUCAGGUUAUUACAAUAAUCAUGCCAAUGAUCUUAUCUGUUUACAGUUUAUCUGUAAAUAUUCAAUAACCCAUUUCCAUUCUCUUAUAAAAACCUGUUAUCUUGAUUUCUUAUUCUUUCAGUAGGUUUCACCGUUUCUGCAUAUUCCAUAACUUUUUGUAUCCAUUCUUCUUUUGCUGGGUCUUCUGCUUCUUUCCGUUUUGUGGCAAGUAACAUUCUUGCCACUGUAGUAGCAUACAUGAAUAAGUUUCUAUACAUUUUAGGUAGUUCUGUCCCUAUAAUUCCCUAAAGAAAGGCUUUUAGUUUUUUAAACAAAGGUUAUUUUAAACAUCCUUUUCAUUUCAUUAUCUAUCAUUUCCCAGUAAACUUUAACCUUACUACAAGACCACCACAUAUGAUAAAAAGAACCUUCUCUUGCUUCCUCCUUUCUUCCCUCCUUCCACCUAAUAAGCAUGCAAAAUUCCAUUGGGGAUGAGAUAAGACUUAAACAUUUUAAAAAUGCACUGGAACCGUGUUUAUUUUAUGGGAGGGAGUUGUAGAAGUUUGGGUUUUCAGCCAAGGCUAUAGCUAGUAACACGUUGAAUCACUUAUGUGAAAACUAGACCUGUAAGCAAGGGUUUUGUUGUUCAUUUCAGUCUGAACGUAUAAUUCAUUUUGGUAAUUGCUACCAUGGUUCCUCCAGGGUACACCUGUUAUCUCCAGUGGUUAGGGGAAUCUCUGUGUGGUUCCUGAAAGUCAAGACAUGAAACACUGGGGACAAAGAUAGGCAGUCAGCUGUGUUGUGUGGUGGCUGAUGCUUUGAACUGUAGUCAGGAAGAGAAGCAGUAAGCUUUUCUUCCCUGUUGGUAUUUUCUGGUAAUCCCAUGUGUGUGUUUGGGAUUGCAUUCCUUUUUUACAGCUCCAGAUCUGACUUUAGGUUCUGUUCUGUCUUUUGUUUGGGAGGGGGCGAGGCACAUUUUUAACACUCUUCCCAUCAGCUUUACACAAAGGGAUCUAAAAGCGUUUGCCCAAUUGCAAGGAAGCAUGUGUAUUAAAUAGUGAAAGCAAAACAAAAAACCCAACCAGUUUGUAAAUUUGUUCAAGCAAGCAACACCGAGAGCUGCUAGUAUGGCAUGAAAUAAAAUAUUUCUCGUCCAACCGCUGAUACUAGUUUGAAUUCUUUACCUUACAUAUUUAGCUAACAAAAUGCUACCUAAUAAGGUGCAGGGAUUAACUCACAAUGACUUACCAUGACCUAAUUGUGCCCCCUCUGGACAAUUAAUGAGCUGCUGUUAUGGUCUAAAGGCAUAUGAGUUGCAAUAUUGGUCUAUAUAUAAUCUUGUGACAGUGGUUAUUGCCAAGUAUGGAAACUGAAAUCAAGCUAAUUUCACAUGUUGUUGUACCCAAAAGUAAGAUGUCUUAGAUUCCUCCCCCACUUUUUUCUUUUUUAAAAACAAUGUUAAUUAUUUAGAUUUUUAGUGGCCUUAUAAAUAUCACCUCCAAGUUAUAAAAAUCACCUCCUAGUUAUGUACAAUAUAAAGAUAAUUACAAACAUAAUUACAAAAUCACAUGUAAAAUUCAGAGAUACAAAAUCUGUUCCAGUGAUUUUACUUGAGUGAAGAAAAGUUUUUGCCUGGUGCUAGAAUGAUGGCAAUGUUGGUGCCAGGUGGGCUGUUUUGGGAAGAGCAUUCCAUAGAAGGCCCUCCCUCUUGUUGCCCCCCUCCAGAGCGAGCAGUUAGAGGAGGGUCUCAGAUGAUGCCCUUAAAAGACUGGGUAGGUUUGUAGGGGAGAAGAUGUUCUUCGGGUACUGCUGUUCUGAGCCACUGUGAGUUAAAAACAGCACUUUGUACUGGUUUAUGAAUUUUUUACCUCUUGCUGUGACCAGUUCUUUGCUCUUUAUCUGUUUUAUGCGUUUAUAGAUACACAAUUAUUUGACUGUUUUUUCUCUCCUCUGUGAAUCCCUCCAAUCCCUAUUUGUGAGAAGGUUAAUCCAAUAUAUAUUGGGCUUCAUCACAUUUAUUUUCUGUUGCAUUUUAAAACACACACACACAACUGCCUGCAGUACCACAGCAGGGAAAGGGGAAUUCAUUCGGACAACGCCCGCUGCAAUCCUUAUGAAGUCUAUCAAUGUGACUUCCACUAUUUUGACAUUGAGUUUGGUGCAGGCUGACAGGCUGAAUAGAUUGCUUCUUCCUCUCUUCCCUGUGGGCCUUAUUUUUCAUAGCCAUAUACUUUCCUCAGUAGGAGGGGAGACGUGCUCUAAUAAUACAAGGCAAGCUUGGCAUUCCUAAUACACAUUCCAGAUUGCCAGCCAAAUGAAUGCUCAGGUGAGUACUGCACAUGCCCAUCAUUUCCAAUAAGCAUAGGCUGUUCUGCAUUGUUCUCGGGAACAAUUUUGACUUUGUGGGAGUUGGGAAGUGUCCAUUCACAAAAAGAGAAAAGGGAAAUGGAUUAAGUCAACAAGAUGACGAUGUGCAGAGCUAUAACACAAAUUUUUGUGCCUUUCUGUUGGCUGCAGACAUGUUGACACUGUUUUAACACUGAUAUUAAGAGUACUCAAGGCAAUUGGUAUGGAAUUUUCCAGGCUGAGUUGUUCAACUGAAUUUAUUGGUGUCUAAGUAGCUUGUUUUAUGUUGCUCUUCCAUCUCGCUCCAGACCUUGCAAUUUUAAUGUAUCUAUGUUGAGUAGUUCAUGGUGCUUUGAAAUGGCACAUCCGAAAGAAAUAUCAAUAGUAAGACAGCUUCUCUUCAAAGUAAGGAGAAAGGUGACAUUGCAUCUUGUAAUUUUCUGGUUCUUGCAGUAUGGAGUGGGCCAGAGUUGGCUGCAGAACUGGCAAAAGCCUUUAUGGAUGAUAUUUUCCCUAAUCAGCAAGGGGUGGGUUUGGUGUGAAAUGAAUGGAGUUCUCCACUAUGUGCAUUUUUCUUGAAGCUGUCAAGCAGUGAAAAUCAUAUCCACUGUCCCCUUGGAAGGUCAAAAACCAUUUUGGGAUUCAGGAAGGGUAGACUUGGAUAUAGUUAGGAGACGGUUUGCUAAGAUCCUUGCAAGAAUUCUGCCGGCGGCAGCUAAUAAAGAGAUGCCUCGAUAGUUUCUGCAAUCCGUUCUAUCAACCUUUUAAAAAGAGAUUGAUAAUUUUGGCAUCCCCAAAGAGGCAUCCCUCAUUUUUUCAAUGAGCUUGUGAAGUUGUUGUGCAAGUUCAAUUCUGCCCACUUUGAAGACUUUGGUGGGUAUCCCAUCAGGUACACUGGUUUUGUUGUUUUUCAUCUGGUUAAUCACAACUCUCCCAGAUUUGGAGAUACUGCAAGCACGUCUCUAGUUUGUUUUUGCAGAAUUGGUGAAAGGAACUCAGCAUCUACAGGGGAGUUGGAGUUAAAAAGAUACUGGUAAUGUUCUUUCUUGACCAAACUGCGGGAGGCAAUGGAAGACAGGAGUGCCUGGCGUGCUCUGGUCCAUGGGGUCAUGAAGAGUCAGACAUGACUAAACAACAAAUGUUCUUUCCUGUGCAAUGCAAUAGCUUUUUCAUCUUUUAGAAGUGUGGUACCCUCUGUUGAGCAUAGGGGGCAUAUGCCAUAAUUUAUUGGCCAAUAGAUUGUUUUUGUGGCUUUAAAGAAACUCUGUGCAUCAUGAGUGUCGGCUAAGUGCUGGAUCUCUUGAGCUUUUUUUUAAUCCACCAGGUGUUCUUUAGUUCUCUGUUCUUCUUGAACAUCAGCCUUAGCUGAGGUGUUUUUCUUAGUGGCACAGUUUCUAUCUCUUUGCCAGAUCUGGAAGGCUUUCAUUUUCUUGUCAAUAAUGCAUUCAAUCUCACUGUCAUUCUCAUCAAACCAGUCCUGGUGUUUCUUGCUUUGGUAUCCAAUAGUUUGUUCACAGGCUGCAAUAAUGAAUACACAAAGAUCCUAUACGCAAAGAUUUUCCUCUGAGGCUCUUGUUUGGAUACCCAGAAUGAGGUAGUUGUGGUGCCUCCCUUGUGAGAUUAUCGCCUCAUGGAGACUUGCCUGGCAUCUAGGAUAAUGUCUUCAUUUUCCGAGGCUUUCACCCUCUGUCUUCCCAAUAUUCCCACCCCAGUGUGGUUGCUUAUAGGACUGCUGUUUGCAGUCUUCUUGUUAGUUAUUGUAAGCUGACCAGGACAUUUUGAAUUGAAGUGUAGAAUGUUUUUAAACAAAAACUGUCUUGUAUCCACUGCUGUUGCUCUGGGAAGUCUCUGCAGCAAGUCUAUUUUCAUUGAUGGCAGCUUUUCGAGAGCUCUCCCUAAUAAGAGUAGCCUGGAUUAUAUUUUCACGCUUGCAUUUGUACUGUAUUGGAAAAAUAACUUCCUUAUGCAUGCCAUAUUUUCUUUCUGAUGUCAUUUCUGUUCCAAAGGAUCAGACUUUCCCUCAGUUCCUUUAUUUCAUCAUACUUUAUCUGAUCAUUGCCCCCCGCAGGGGAAAAAACAACAACCCCAAGCUUCUAAACUUUCCACCCAACCUAAUUUGUUAUCUCCUCUCUUGAUGCAAAGGGUGCUUUUGUAUCCUUUCUUAAUGGCGUAGUCUUUUUCCCACAUCCUGUCUAAUGCCAAGUUCUUCUGCUUUUUUCAUUUUGCCCUUUCCUUUCUGUAGCUGUCUUCCAUAUGCUGACUUGCUCUGCAGCGGUGGCCUUCUCUGCUGCUGCUCGCCUAUCUCUUCUUAUUAUCUUUGUCAUAUUUAUGUCCUAUGUCAAAAUCAUGCAAACCCUGACAGCGACCUUCAGAUUUUCUACAUCCAAGGAAUCCUGCCUGCUCAGGAAUGCCUGCCAAUGAACUCAAAUGCAUUGCAUAUGAUUCUGGGGCAUUGAUUUUCACACUUUUUGUUCUCCACAAGCCUGCUCCAUGUUGAUUUAGCUGCCAAAAGACCUUCAUGGGACAGCUGAGAAAUUUCUUUUUUGUGAAUCAGCAAUGCGCACUGCUAGGCUUUGCUGUUGCCCUACAGAUUGUGUACCGCAAAUGUGUUCAAUGCUGUCUUGCAACUUUAUGCUGCAGGGGGCAAUCAGUAAUAGUGGAUAUUGAUCAAGGUUGUGUUUCAGAGAAUUGUGUCUGUUGUUCUCAGUGAAGAAGUCCUGUUAAAUUUCCAAAGAAUUCCGCUUUGGAAGAAUUGUGUUUUAGGGCUUGGAGUUUGGUUCCUGUGGGGGCCCUGCCACUUUGGUCUCAUUGCUGCUGUUUGUGGAGUGAGAGAACAAGCCAGAUUAAAAGCCUGUCUCAUUUGGAACCAUUAACCGUAAUUCACGUUUCACACAUAACGGGAAGUCUUGAUGAGCUCCAGCUUUGUGGGUUGCUUUGCUGCUUGCACAAAGGGAGUAGUGAAGCAGCAGCAAAGGGACUGACUGUGAUCGCGUGGAACCUGGCUUAUUUAGCUAGGAUAUGAUCAGGUGAUUUUAGCCAUUGUGUUGUGCACAAAAAUAAAUUACCCACAUUUUGCUUGUGCCAUUGCUGCCAUCUCACCUGCUGCUGCCUCACCUUCCUACCCUGCCCCCUAGCCGUGCCAUCGCCUAUUGGUUGGAUCAGUGACAGCACCAGGAACUCCCCAUGUACUGAUGCUCCAGGGAGAAAGGAUGCAAGUAUGGGUUUUUGCGGGGCAGGGGAUGAACAUGAAAUGUGACUAGUAGGAGAAGUUUCAGGAGAUAAGUAAAAAUAUUGUGAGGAGCAUCUGGUGGUAGGAAUGGAAAAAUACGAUAGAGAAUGGCCUUCUCCACUUGGAGCCUUUGGACCAGCAAAUUCUGCCUAAAAGGGGGAGCCUGAGUCAUAAUAUCUCAAGAGCAAAUGUCAAUACUUAGCUUGAGGACAGCUGAUCUAUGUUGCACCUUGCCACAAGGAAAGCAGUGUGGCAAAGAAUUUAGACUUUAAAAAAAAGAAAAAAGAAUUAGGUAUCAGUAGAAAAUAUCUAAAACUGCCAGCCAUUUAUGCUAAACUCUGCCUGCAUCUGCCACCAUUUUGUGACUGGUGGGAUUAGAAAUGUGAAGGGCUGGAGGAAAUGGCAGUGAGAGAGGAGAAUAUGGUUCUCUUUCCCAUUUUUAACAGUCCUUCGCAUCUCUAGGUGGGACCUGUUAGUUUUCAGCCGCCGUAAGUGGAUGCUGAAUGUUGAAGGUUUGAGAAUCACUGGGGUAGGAUGAACAGGGACAAAUCCUGCAUGUCAAUAUGGCACUUGUUUUAGCAGCAUUGCAUAUUGUUUACUGGGAUGCAGGUGGCGCUGUGGGUUAAACCACAGAGCCUAGGGCUUGCCGAUCAGAAGGUCGGCGGUUCGAAUCCCUGUGACGGGGUGAGCUCCCGUUGCUCGGUCCCUGCUCCUGCCAACCUAGCAGUUCAAAAGCAUGUCAAAGUGCAAGUAGAUAAAUAGGUACCGCUCCGGCGGGAAGGUAAAUGACGUUUCUGUGUGCUGCUCUGGUUCACCAAAAGCGGCUUAGUCAUGCUGGCCACAUGACCCGGAAGCUGUAUGCCGGCUCCCUCGGCCAGUAAAGCGAGAUGAGCGCCGCAACCCCAGAGUCGGCCACGACUGGACCUAAUGGUCAGGGCUCCCUUUACCUUUACUAUAUUGUUUACUGUAUUGAUGAGAGGCUAUUUUUUACCAUGGCUAGUUGUCUUACUGUUUUGUUCCCUACCCUUCAGUGCAAUGAGGAGUGGUAUUACUAAAAGCACUUCCACAAGAGAGACUUCAGGCACCCAUUAAACACUGCAGCCUUAGGGGGAGUCCUAGUCUCACUAAAUUUCUCACUGUGACAGUAAUACAUUGUUAACAGGAUCCCAGCAGAACCUGAAAUUACAAAUGGGACCAAUCUACUCACCUUACACAGAUUGGCUCUGAGUUAAUAGCCUGGCUCUCCCACAAGGGAGUAAUUGUCCAUUGUCUCUCCAUCUGUCCUGCCUCUAUCUCUAUUUGAUUAGAACUGGCUGAGGUGAGAGCCAUUUGAUGUGCAUGAAAACUGAGGUUUAACCAGUGCUUAGUCACUCCUUUCUAAAGGCCUUUUUUCCACAGGGAAAUUUUUAAACAAGAAAGUUAAUUACUUUAGGCAGUCCUUUUCUGUCUUUCCCUUCCUGUUCCUAGAUAUUUUCCGAAAUCCCCUCUGUUUGCUGUUUCCUUUUAUUCUUCCCUCUGAGAAGAGCAUAAACUAAGCAUUCGUAGAAAUUUGCCAAGAUAUAAAAUUCCCUUUUCUCAUGAAGCAGAUGUCAUGUAGGCCUUUAUACAAAUCCGUGCCAAUUCCCCACCCUCCAAAAAAAAGGACAUGGAGAAACCCACAGUAUCCAGAAAGAGUAUUUUCUGUCUAUGUAAAAAGUGACUGCUCUUCUUUUUUUAAAAAAUAGUUUAACUACUAUAUGCCAGUAAAGAUUGUGAUAAUGUUUCCUCAUGAUAGUCACUGUUUCAGGGCAAAUGCAUAUCCAGUACUAUGUUCUUAGUGUUCAUUAGUGUUCCUUUGCAGCGUAACUAGGUGUAGGUCCAGUGAUGUAGGCACAUUAGAAACAACAAGAAUAACCUCUGUCUUCAACCUUUUCAAAUCCAGGACCCAUCUUCAGCCCAAACAUGCAUUUGGGCACCCAUUACUUAAGGUUUUAACAAUACAUUUGUAUGGUGCUGGAACUGUAUGUUGCAACCUACCAUACAGGCAGUGGGAGCACCCUCUUAAAAGCUUCUUGAUGCCUUCCCCCCCCCCCCCAAGACUCCAGCUCUCUCUUUUGUCCUCUCUCCACAUAACUCUCUUCAACUACAGUUGAAGCUCUGUGCCACGCUGGGGACAGCGCGGAACAAUGGCUGUUGCUGCUGCACUGCCACUCGCAUCAGCUGCUAGGCAGGGAGGCCGAGCAGCCUAAACAAAGCCCCACUGUGCCUCUGGUCUCUUUGGGGCUUUCUUCACCCUCACUGAAGUCCUCUUUGGGCUCUGAGGAGAGUCUUCUCAUGACCCACGAGGACUCUCGCAACUCUCUCUUGCCAUUUCCUGGUUUGAAUCUACUUAUUUAUUUCCCGGCGCUACACGUAUGCACAGUCGUGCACGAGUCGAAAGCACGUAAGUGCGGGAUGCCUGUAGUUCAGUCUGCAACCCAGUAUUGGGUCCUGACCCAUCAGCUGCAGACCAAUUAUCUAUCCUUUCUUGGCAAUGCUUUAUUUCUUCUUUGUGCCACUAUAGGUACAUUGCAUUUCAGAAUUCAGGCGCUAAUGGUCUCAAACAACGGGCAAGCAGAACUUUGUGAUUAAUCAUUUAACAACUUAAUGAUCCAAAAAAAGGUUUUGUACAUUUCAGUAUGUUGCCAGGCGAAUGCAGUCUAACCUGUAAUCACUCCCUCUGUGCUUACUUAUAUUAUAUGUUAAUUCUGAAAGCCCUCUUCUUCAUUGCUUGGGUUUAGAGUACUGCUGCUCUUGACUUUCCUUUCCAAUUAAGGAUCUUCUAAAAGAUUUAAAACAAUGAAAGAUUGAAGCUGAAAAUGGCGAAAGAAUGAGCAUGUUCAAGUAGUAUACUGUUUUACAGUAUACUGAUUUCCAGAAGCAGUAUUACUCUUUUCUCACUGGGGAAAAAGGCAGAAAAACUAUAUUGAGCUUGCAUUUAGUUCCACGUGGCAUACUCCAUCAGUAAAUGAAAACUUACAUGUUUUUAUUAAUCUCAUUAUGUAGAAAUGAACUUUGGCCAUACAUGCGCCAGAUGGAAUGAGUAAACAGAGUGACUGGAGUGAAUUAAUCCCUACCCCCCUGCAAAAAGAAUCAGGAUAGUUACAAAGAAUGGAGGGAAAGAGCACUUCACAGUUACUGAGAUGCUUAUAAUAUCUCCACUGCCCCUCUGUAGAAACUGCUUUAGCUUCGGCUACAGUUGCAAUCUGAACUGUAUAGCUUUCAUGAGAUUGUGGUUCCUGUCUACAUGGCAGAAGGGGAAACCAGAGGGGCUAGUAUUGAAUCCUCAAACAUAACUGCUUUACAAAAUAUAACAAGAACCCUGUUGGAUCAGGCCAAGAGCCAAUUUAAUCCAUCAUACUCUUUCCUUCCUACUUCCCUACAGCAGCCAGUUGCCUUUGGAAAAUGCGAGAGCAAGACAUGAGCAAUGCAGGAUUCUGCUGCUGCUCCUCAGAAAUUGAUAUUCAAAGCUUGUUCUGCCAUCGUGACUAGUAGCCAGUGAAAUUCUUAUCCUUCAUGAAUUGGUCUAAUCCAGCUUGAAAGCCGUCUAAGAUGGUGACCAUUUGCGGGUCACCAUCUGGUAGCGGGAUGCAAUAGAUUUUAAGUAGGCAUGGUAUGAAGAAGGUGUGUCCUUUUGUCUGUCUUGAGUCUUGACUCUCCCGCCAUUCAUUGAGUCUAGUAUAAUGAGGGAGACAAACGUCUCUCUUUAAAUCAAAGCAAGGCACACUUCAGUAUAGGCAUGUUGGGGCAAUAGGUUAUAUCUAGCUGUGUGUCUCCUCAUUGAUGUAGUAGCAGCUUCUGUGAAUGAAAAGGGGAAAAGCUGAUUAUCACAAAUUUGCUUGGACAGCUGGCCGCAAUUUUUAGAAUGUCUGCACUGGGAGGUUUUAGAAUUUUAUCGUAGCAAUGAAGGUGACUUUAUCUUUCCCUAAAAGGGCUCUGUAAAUCCCCUCGUGUAACCAGCCCAAUAUCUAGGUGAUUUGAGAAUGGGAUUGGUGAUCCUUAUUAUUUCUACAGCACAUUUCAGGUGCUCAAAUCACUUCCUGUGCAUUAUCUCAGUAAUCCUUGCCACAGCCAUCUGAGGCAGGCAUCAUUAUCACCCUCAAAUUGCAGACAGAGAAAAUAUAGAUUUGUUGUAAUUGAGUAUAACAUGCAAGUAUCUGAAAAUAAGAGCUAAAGUGGGAAAGUCCCUUUUUGUUUUAGGACUGAGGAUUAAAUGGGCUCUUCUAUGUGGCCUCAUUUUGGUUUCUGAGAUGUCUAAUUCUGGGCAGUCAUUUGUAUUGUGUCCCAUAGAGUGCAGUGCUCAGGAGACUUGAGUUGACACCAGCAGAUAUCUUUAGAAUAGCAUCGGAGAAAAAAAGGUUGUCCUUUGUCAAAUUUAUCUGUCAUCUCAGGGGACACAGCAGCUGGGUGUGCUUGGAAUCCACUGAAUAGAUGGCCUAUACUUGCUGUGGAACACAAAGGGACCAUGAUUCUUAAUACAUUGCUUCCAUCUGAAGCCAUGGUAAUGCUUUGAAAAGCUUCUUCCGAUGUUCAUGAUGAAUCAAAGGACCCAUGUUGGUCUUAUAUAUAUAGAACAACAACAAAUACACAACAUGGCUGGUACUACUAUGACUGGUAGUAGUAACUGAGUCACUUUGAGAGACAACAGUUGUAAGAAAUGUGAAAUCAAAAUACAGUAAGGUGACAGCAGCUUUAGUAUUAAUCCAGUAUUGUUUAAUAAUUCAGUUUAUGCCCCUGUUAACCCAGGGCAGGUUAACAUAAAAGAACAAUAAAACUAUCAAAUGAAACAUAUAAAAUACAGAAUGUAAGAAACAGCAACACCCAAGUAUUAACAGCAAGCAAUAGCAACUGAUAUGUGAACUCCGUACCUACUCAGGGGCUUGGGCAAAGUGAUGUGUCUUUAGCUGCCACCAAAAAGUAAACCUCUGCAGCAGACAUACUUCGAAGGGGAGCCCAUAAUUGGAAUAGGGUGUCACUACUGAAAAGUCCCUAUCCUGUGCCACUGCCCCAAGUAUUUUGCUUGUUAUAUGAACUAAUACAGUCAUACCUUGGUUUCGAAUGCCUUGGUACUCGAACAUUUUUUGGAAGCCGAACGUCGCUUGAGUGCAGGAAGCUCAUGCAGCCAAUUGGAAGCUGCGCCUUGGUUUUCAAACAUUUCCGGAAGUCGAACAGAUUUCUGGAAUGGAUUCCGUUCAAGAACCAAGGUACGACUGUACUCCAAAGGCUGAAAGUGUGAUUUUUUAAAUUUUUGAGCUGCACAAAAUCUGUCUUCGGUUCGGGUAUUUACCUGAGCAUGUGAGGGCUAAACAAAGGGUCAGGGUGUGCAUGCAAGGCUCCCUAUCUCCCACAUGUCUCCAGCGCGCCUCUUUGGAACUCCUUGUGUUCAGCAAAAAGCUCUGCCAAAGGUUCCUACAUGUGUUGUGAUGAACACGCUUAGAAAUCUCAUGUGUUGUCUUAUCAGGCUUUUUGAUUGCAGGGAGGUUUCUAAGUGUGUUUAGCAGCACUUAGAUACCCUCUCCAGACCUUCAUGCCAAACAAGCAAAGGUCUAAAGAGCAGUCUGCAUUUUCAGGGACGUUUUUAUCAAUCCCCCUUAUUAGCCUUGCAUGUUCGGGGAAGGCUAUAGAUAAAUAUAGAUAAAUGCACUUUGUGGGCAGGAUUCAGCUAACAAGCAGAAACCUUACACAAGGACUUCUGCACGUGCUACAGGACUUUCCUCCCUGUCCUCACCCUGAAAUGCUUGCGCAGAUGAAACAUUUGUCAUGGGCUUUUAAAAAUACAUAUUGCUGGACCAGCUAUUAACUCCUUGCUAGCAUGGGGAUUCUCAGCAUACCCAUGUCCUACUUGGGUAACAAGUUUUUCCAAUUUUAUCAUUCAUGGAGAUUCUCCAGCAGAUCUUUGACUUUGACAAAUUUCAUAUUGGCAGAAGAAUUUAUACACAGAAAUGCUGCUAUCAGUAGCUCUCUUUUAAAAAACUAGAUAUGUAUGUAAUUUCCACUGUACUCCUUUUGUCACUGGAGCAACUCACAAAACCACAGUUUUGUCCUUGAAGUAACCUGAAGGAUUGCUCCUGUAAAUAAAACAAGCAUUUUGGAGAAGACAUAAACAACUGGGUUGUGUUUCUCUGGAGCGUGAAAGGGCAGGGAGCAAGGGAAGGGCAGUCUUUGCCUCCAGAUACAUCAUCACCAUCAUUAUUAACUAUGUUUAAUAUGGCUAAGAUGAAAGUGGCUGGGAGACCAAGGCCCCAGUUGAGGGAGCAGGGAGGGGGGAAGGUGUUGCACAGGGAUGCAAACAUGCCUGAAGCACCUGGCACAGGACUGGGAACAGGAUCUGCCUCUAGGUCUAAAAGCUCCAGUUUAACACAGUCACUGUACUUGUAGAAACUCCUCAUGCUUGCAGGUAAGCUCUGUUGGACUCUGACGCCUAGUUCAUUGGGCAGAAGGUCACCUGUGAUGAAGGGAGUUCUAUCUCAGGGUACCCAGAGACUUAAGGUUCCUAUCCUAAACUCACUUACCUGGGAGUAAGCCCCACUUCAGUUGAACUUACUUUUGCGUGGCUGGGAUUGUGCCUUAAUAUCAUACUGGGGGCUUGCCUUCUGAGGAGACGCAGUCCCAACUUUGGUGGGGACAUGUACUCUUGCACCAUUGAGCUUUAUAGGGCUAGCAGGGAAGCAACAGCAUUUGGAAAUGAAGGGAAAGACACCACUACCCCUUGUUAGAUUUAAAGUUUACAAACUAAGGCUAUUUUAUCAGGGCUAGCUUCAUGGUGGACCUGAAAGAGGAACUCCUGUUCUUCUGGAGAGAUUCUUUUUUACAACCUACAUGACAGCAAGCUUGUCCAGCCGUGCAAAGUGGGGAGGACACCCCCCGCCUUGUCUGACCCUAUUCUGCUUAUUUCUCAUAAUAUUUUUUUUUGAAAACUUAUGCAGGAUGUACCUUGGGUCUAACCAUUGUGUUAAAUGGCUGUCUGUGGAUCAGAAGGAAAGGAAGAAAUUACAUCCCUCCUAAGCUCAGUACAAACUUAUUUUGGGGUGCGUGUCUUCAUUUCACAGUCCCUCGUUUCACUUCCUGUGACUCCUUCCCCUCUCCUGACAUUUUACCGCACAUGCUUUGCUAAUAGGAAGGAAAGUGUUCCCACUGUGGCUAUUUCUCUGCCUCCCUCCACAUACCCUCCCCCACCCCCGCCACCCAAAAAAGUGUCACUGUUCAUCUAGCAGCAGGUGCAGGCAAGUUGUUGUUGUCAUGGCAACAAGGGAAGAGUGAGGGAAAUCGCCUUAAUUCCGCAGCUGAUCGUUAAGGGGGGACGGGAGAGAGGAGAUAAUUGCAGGAGAAAGGGGAAGUCAGUAAUUAUAUGAGUGCAGCGCAGAUGAAAAGGCAGGGCGCAGAUGCUGUUGGUGUGUCAUACCCCACGUAGCCAUUUAAGUCCCUGCAGUCUGCAAAGUGGUGCGAAAUGCAAGAUAAUGUAGUUUCAAGCAGGGUAAAUGAGCUCCUUGGGGGGGGGGCUGGCGGGGGAGGGAUUCACCUUUCAGAAGGGCAGCAUGCAAAAAAUCAUUAGAAAAGGGGUAGCGCCUGGAGUGCUGUAGACAACAUGGUCCGUUUACAAGACAAACACAAAAUGUCCCGGUUGGAGAGCACGGAAUGCAGAUUAGUUGGCACUCCCCCCCCCGCACCUUCUCUCACUCACUCACUUACUAGCACACACACACACACACACACACACACACCUGCCUCACAGUGAGGAUUGCGCCCCAGUAAAUAUUUGCACGUACACAGCUGUACAGUGGUGCCUUGGUUCUCAAUCGCCUUGGUACUCAAACGCCGAAAACCUGGAAGUAAGUUUUCCGGUUUUCGAAUGUUUUUCGGAAGCCAAACGUCCAAUGUGGUUGUUGGCUAUUGUUUCUGGGGCACCUGCACCAAUCAGAAGUUGUGCCUUGGUUUUCGAACAUUUCAGAAGUCAAAUGGACUUCUGGAACGGAUUAAGUUUGCCACUUUUGUUUUUGCUAUUUAUUUUGCAUUUUUGUUUUUGAGGCUUUUUCGGUUAAUUUGGUUUUGUGACUGUGUGGAACUCAGUUCAGCUACUGAUUGCUUGAUUGCGUGACUGCAGAAAUGGAUAAAAGCCCCCCAUCCAAACAAUGACUUAUCAUCAGUGUGGGCAAGAAAAAGAAUUAAUUUUAAUUUUUAUCAUCUACAAUACAUAGUUCAGUACAUUGAUUAUUGCUUUCAUUUAAUGGAUCAACAAUCUCAUUAGAUAAUAAAAAUCAUGUUAAAUUGCUGUUUUAGAGGUUGUUUUUAAAAGUCUGGAUCGGAUCAAGCAGUUUUGCAUUACUUUCUAUAGGAAAGCGCACCUUGGUUUUUGAAUGCUUUGGCAAGGUAACGCUGUACUUCUGAUCUGUCUUAGCAAUUGCAUAUUAAGGCAGGAAUAUCCAACAUGGUGUCCCAACAUGGUAUUACUCCCUCUGGCCAUGGGAGUGGUAGCCUGCAUUUGUUGACUAGGAAUAAAAUUGUAGUGUGGGCUUUUUGGGUAUCCUGAUGAGGGUUUGAUGCUUGCUGCCUUUCUCAUAGAUACUUGAUAAAAUAAGUAUCCCAUAUCUUUCAGUGUCCUGGAAAUAAAAUGGAGCAUGGCAAUAUUUAGUUCGCAGGCGGGGAACCUAAUUAAACCCACCAGGUUUCCUCACUUGACCUGAAAGGCGAUUUUGGCCAAGCUGCACCCAGCCAACAUCUGAUGCCUUCCUGUCAAACUGGGCAUGUGAGAGGUAGGGGAGAUAAUGAUCCAGCCUGCCAUCUAAACUAGCUCAUCUGAUUGCUGAAAAGGGGACUAACAUAAUAUAAAAGAAUGGAGGAAGGGAGGGAUGCUGCUGGUAUGGAUUAGCAUCCAUUCUCUGUGUAGUGCUGGCAGACUUAGGCCAGGAAGACCUGGGGUCAGAUUUGUUUUUGACCGUGAAGCUCACUGGGGACUUGGAGCAAGUCAGGUGUUUCAGUGAAGGAAUUGGACAACCUGUCUACACCUGAACCAGGAAGCCCAUCCAGAAUCAAGAGCUUGAGAAUCAAUGAGACCCUAGUCUGUGUUGGGUUGAAAGCUGCAUCACCACUAUCUCGCCACCUGUAGAAGUUUCACUGUAGAAAUUUGGACAGUUCUCCGCUUGCAGAUUUCUACUGCCAGAACCUUUAGCUUCAGUUCCCAAAAUCAUCAUCACCUCUUAAUCUAGCCUCUCUCCCGGCUUUUGUAAUGAUACAAGGGGAUAGACUGUAUAAAAGUCACUUAAAGCUCCUUGGAGGAACGUUGCAGUGCAAAUGAGCUAAUCAUAACCUUUUAAGUCAUCUUGAUAGGUAGAAUGGCAUAUAGGCUAUUUGCUAAGGUGAGUUUUGUAGCACACUUACCUUCAUGAGACACGCGUGCGAAAGCCUGUAGAGGUUCCUGAGGAAUGGUUUUAUGCUGGUGAAUGUCGUUUUUGUGAAGGCAGUGACCUAAUUCUGCCCAAGCUGUUGGUCUGUUUCUUAGACUCCUGCUUCAGACAAAGGGAUCUGUGUGACUCAACUAACAAAGCAUCACUGUGUUGGACUUCAUUUAAAAGCGCAAUUAACUUUGCCAUAGUCCCUCUAUUGCAUCCCCUGCUUUUUAUUUCCUUGUACCCCCCUCUUCCAAAAAGCCCUUCUUUUUCAGAGGUUUUAUUUGCUGCCUGGCAAGCUACGCUAUAAUUUGGAGAGAAGCACUGAAUGCUGGAGUUGAGGUGUUUGAGUGACAUAAUAAUCAUACUGGAAAAUGUAAUUUUCUCUGCGUAGUAGAGAUGGGAUUAUUUCAAGGAGAUCUCAUUAAUGUGCCAUUUGCCAACAAAGGGCCUAGUAACCUGUCUCUUAAUAAGAUUAGCUCAGGGGUCAAAACACAGGAGGCUGUUAGGGUGAUGUAUUUGUCCUUUUGUUCUAAAGAAAUACAUUGACUUGGAUCCUAAUUUUCCUUCCUUGUACAGGACAGAGUUCAUUUUGGGAUGGGAGGACCAUGAAAACGGUUUGAUAUAUGGUCCUAGGAGGUGCAGGUGGAGCAGAGAUUAGAUGGGAAUCACCCCUCCCCACCCCUUACGUGAACAGAGGAACAAUUUAGGAUCCAAGCCAUUAUCUUCUUACAUUCAAUUUCACUAUUUCAUCAGUCAAAAAACCAUUUCACAUUCUGACCUGUAUGAACUAUAUUUCUGUGUGUCAGGGAGUUCAGAGUUGUGGUUAUACUUAUUGAUUAGAAGUAGGUCUUUUUGGAUUGUUUUUCUAGGCCAGUUCCUUAUUUGCUAAAUGACAUUGGUGUAUAAAUUGUAAAUAUCAUUACCCAGAUCAGAUUUAGCUUUUUUCAUUAGAAAGCCUCAUCUUCACAAAGCACUUUUUUUGAAUAGAUUUUGUGGAUCAUCAUCUCUCAGCUCAUCCUGCUGAGUUCUAAGUACCGAAAGGACACAGUAAAUGAGCACAAAGAGGCUUCAGAAAGCAGAAGAGUGCAAAGAAUGACUUUGGUCACUCAACAAAGACAGCCAGGAACAGCCAGGGCUGCUUGCUGCUUGCAUUACUCCUCAUCAUAUCCUCGAACACCUAGGCCACCUGUUGGUAAAAAUACUUUGUCAAAGAGGCUAUUAAUAAACAUCUUCUGGCACAACUCAUUAUAAAGUAAAUCUCACCCCUGGAGGCUCUAUGGAAACCUGGUAUAGGCAGCCUGCUGUCAAAGCCUUGGAAAUGGGUAGAAACACAUUUCUUUUUAUGGUGUCUAAUCUUAUAAAAUUAAGAUGGAAUCAUAACCCCUGGUUGGCAUCAGAAUGACUUGAUGGAACAGCGCAAGCAGUGCCACAUUCACAGCCCUGGAACUCAUGCUGGCAAGGCCAACAGGUGAAUAUGGGGCACCACUCCCAGGUUGGUGAAGCAUAGAGGCCCAGUUUCGGUGUGUUCUUGUCACAUGACAACAGCAGGGUCUUUAUCGGAUCGAGCACAACCUGUGCCUUCCCAUUCCCAUUCCUGAAAUGGCCUGUUCAGGGGCUGUUCUGAUGGCUUGCACUGUCGGGGGUUUCCUGAAUGGUAGCUUUUGCCUGCCCACCCACCAUUUGGGUGGACAUAACAGGAUGCUCCACACCACUGGGGCUUCCUUGAUGACAGCAGUGCUUCCCUGCUGGCAAAGUCUGGCAGAGUUGAGCAGGACUGGGCAGGAAAUCAUCUCCAUUCCACCCCAACCACAUCCAGCAUGGCAGACUGGUAAUUUGGAUAGCUCUAUCUGUCACUGUGAAUCUAAACAAAUAGGUAUGGCAUUUCGAGGCAGAAAUUCAUUAUCCCUCUAGUAUCCAAAAUAAUGUCUCUUAUGUUGUAUAGAACAGCUGUGCUAGCAUAAAUAAGGCUGCUUAUCUCCACUGAAAGAUUUGGAUGGAUCUGCUGUGAAUUGCUUAUAAGUAUGUAAGCAAAAACAGUAUUGAAAUUGGUACAAGAUGGAAGCUCACUGUGAUCUUUAGAUUUGAGAAGAUGUUCAGAGUGCACCAAUUUAUUUUUUAUAAAGGUUUUUUAAAAAAAUAAAUACUUACCAUUUAUAUACUGUAAUGUCAGGGCAGCGUACAACAAUAAAACACAAAACAUCAUUAAAAUCAGUGCAAAACAAUUAUAAAAUGGUUGUCCAGUCAAAAAUGCUUCUAACAGCUACAUAGGCCUGUCAGCAUAAAAAAAUCUUCAAUAGAUGCCUGAAAGUAAAAAGUGAGCAUCCCUGCCAGAUCUUUGCUGAAAGAGGGUUCCAGAUCAUGGGACCAGUGGCUCUAAAUGCCCAACUUCUAGUUGAGGCCAAUUGGGCCUCUGAAACAUGGAGGCCAACUAUCAGUGCUCUUCCAGAUAAAUAUCAGUGAAUGAGCUGAGAUAAUAAAGGCUCAGGCAGUUCUUAUGGUAUCCUGGACUCAAGUUGUUGAGCACAUGCAAUGUUAUUUACUUCCAAACUUAGAACAUAGUGCUAAUUAUCUACACACAUGCCUGCCUCAUGUAGAAAAGAACUACAUAAUAAAUACUGUCCCAUAGCAGCCAUUCUUCUUUCUUUUCUUUUAUGAACAAAUAGUAUUUCCUGGAAAAGACUAUAAAGUGCAAAAACCCCAAUCAAAAGAGCCAACUUUUUGUUUUUCUUCUAGUUACCAUCUGUCCUCUUUUGCUUCCAUUUGGUUUUCAAACUUUGCUUCAGUCUGAAAUGCUAAAGUUGUGCUAUGCCCAGUAAGGCAUGCAUAAGUGUAUGAACCCACCAAGCCAAAUACAGUCCAUGAGUUAGAUAUAGCAGCCUACAAGAUGCUUUAUAGUUCUGGUUUAUUGCCUGCCUUGAAUUCAGGAAUGGAGUGAAAGUCUCAAUAGUACAUGACUAGGUUUGAUCAAUCACAAAUUAAGCAGUGAGGUCUAAAUGGUGGCCUCACUGUAUGCCCUGAAACAGGACUAUAAUUAGAGUGUCUCAGCACCAGACCUGUGUAAUCUGCAGUAGGAAAUCACUCAUAUACAUGGUACAAACUAAAAUGCUCUACUGCUUGAUGCGUUUCUGUAAAACAAACCAAAAUACACACACAGAGAGAAACCAAGUCUGUUCUACUUCAGUAUACUUGCACACUGUCCCCCUUUCUGGUGAUUGGCCUAAUUCUGGUCCUUAAUUAUUGAAGCAUUUGUCCUUUUUUAUUUCGUGGUGAGUUCAUGUGAUUGCACACAUUUAUCACAGAUGCCUUUGCUAAUUUAAUUACCCGCUCUGCAGUUAAAAAGAGGGGUGAAGACCGCUAGGCCUCUGAGUUUGUAUACUGCAACUAAUCCGCACUUGAUCCUUCCCUUCUUAUUUGUGGCCAUUUAUUUUUACAGGAUAUAAACAUUUAUGUUCCGAGAUUCCUGAAACAUCCUUUCAUUUAUUCGGCAUCAUGCACAGCCUUCUCUAAACAAAUUGAUACGUUCCAGACAAUAUCAUCAUCUGUUACUCAUCCUGAUCUUAUAUUUUUCUUUAUGUUAUCACACUGGAUUCCUGUCUUGCCUUAUCAUUUUAACACACACGCAAUUGUCUAGGCCUCUCACAACCUAGUUUUGUGUUGGUAAUUGUCAGCUCCUGUAGGGCAAAAGACCUGUUAACAGAGACCUGAGGGCACGCAGUACUCCAGUUCCCAGUUCUGUCUUUGUACCUUCUAAAACAGGAAAUGAGCGGUGGUUCAUGCAUACAAGCUGAUUCCUUUCAUUUGCAGCAGCCAUAUUACUAAUGAAAUGUAAAUAUUUUGUGACUGUUGUUUAUUUUAGAAGGUUGUUCAAUAGUUUCUUAUGUGAGGCUGCCUUGUGCUCCAGAGUGAAGCAUACAAAAAUAUCAAAAAAUAGAAUAAAAAUAAAUACUGGUAUUUUUUUUGCAAACACGGGUGCUGCUCAUGGGGCACGAAAUGCUUCUCUCCCUUGUUUAUAGUGGUAUUCCAUGCUACAUGCCACUACGAAGUGCGAUAAAAAAUGGUAGACUCUUUAGUUAUGUGGACCGUAAUGUCUUUCCUUAUCAUAUGGUGUGGAAAGUGGCUGGUCCUUGAAAGGUUACCUUUUUAAAAUCAUCAUCAUCAUCACCUACAUGCAUGUGAACCUGAGCAGAUAGUUAAUGAAGAGAAUGAUCUCUCUGUCAACUUGUAUAGAGAGAGAGACAGAGAGAGAAGCAUGAUUCUCAGAAACAGCUGCAGCCCCAGCAGUGAAUUUUUCCAUAUUGCCGCCACAAUCUCCCGCAAUCACAAAUGUAACUUCUCCCGCCCUGUUAAAAGUGAAUAUUUGAAUAUGUAAAGGGCUUUCAAAUUACUUUAUUUAUUUAUUAAAUUUGUUUUCCACCCUUCAUAUAUAAAUCUCAGGGCGGUUCACAGCAUGAAAAUUCAACAUAAAACACAAAAUGCAUAAUCAAAACAAGAACAAAACAAAUAACCCCCCUAUUAAUUAAGCAUAGCUACUCAUUUAUAUUGAAAGUAGCCCCAAUUAAUUGUGAUGCCCAUCUGUCAUUGAGACUGAAAUGGAGGAUUGAACUUCAUUACUCUAGAUCACUCUUACUCCUACCUACCUGCGGGGAGGAAGAUAAAGGAGAGGGUGCUGAACUGGCUCUGUAGAAUCCAAGCCACUUCAACUGAUGAAAGUAACACUAAUACCUCAGCUACCUUCUAAGUGGGCAGGGAGCAGCAGGACCUCAGAACCCUCUUAUGUGGAUUGGCGGAAGCUUGACACAUGCUGCAUUUCCUAUUAAUAAAACUUAGUAACCGAUAAAGGCACCAGCCAGAAGUUUUGUUCUGUAAGUGCAUCUGUAAGUCUUUCAUCUCACAAAACUGAACCUCUUUCCUCUAAAAUCUCUGCGUUUUAAAGUCAGUGAUUGAAAGGGAAUGUUUAGGUCCAGUGGCUAUAAUGCUAGAACAGAGAAGACCGAGUUUGAAACCUUGGCCAACCAUGAAUUUCUUGGGCUUGAGUUUAAGACGUCUCUCAUAGAAUAAAAAUAAGGUGGCAUGCCUGUGGAGCUGGGGAUCUUCUUCUUCUUCUUCUUUUAUACAGAAGUGUAAAUAUUUAUGCAACUUUCCCUGAGCCUUUCUGAUAAAACACAUUACAUAUUGAAAUAAAGUAUGAGCUCUUUGGGACAGGAUUUGUUAAUGUUGCUGCCUCAAGCAAUAGGGCUGAAUUUUGAUGAGGAUUCCUGGAUGCCACUGUUAUCAGAAAUAAAACACCUUGGCUCUUCUUUGCUUGUGAAAGUUCGUCAUUGCUAAAGAGAGCAUUGAGGCCAGUAAUGGUAAAAGUUGUGAUAUCUGGGUGGUUCUGUUUUAAAUCACAUGGAAAAUACUUUUGAACAACAACAACGAAAUAAACUGCUAAAUCAAAAACAAACUAACUUCUAAACAGUUAAUACUUUUAAAUACAUUUAUAAAAAUCCAGAUACAAUCAAUAGAAUUUAAAAACAAGUAUACAUGGCAAAACUACGUGACUGAGUAGGCUUGCCAAAAUGAAGAAGUUUUUAGCAGGUGUCAAAAGCAGUACAAUAAAGGGAUCUGCCUGACAUUAAUAGGCAGAGAGUUCUUGAAAAUAGGUCCUGCCACAUUAAAAGAUUGAUUCAUUGCAGAUGUAGCAUGAACCAUUUUAUGGUUCUUGUUAAAGUGUAAAUUCCACAGAUGAAAGCAUGCAUGGGGCAUGUAUGAGGCAAGAUGAUCCUUCAAGUAAACUGGUCCCAAGGUGCCGAGGGCUUUAUAUACUAAUGUUGGCCUGGUAACAAAUCAGCAGCCAAUACAGAUCUCUCAGCAGGGUGGAAUAUGCUAGUAGGUCCUCAUGCCUGUCAGCCAUCUUGCUGCAGCCUUCUGCAUUAACUGCAGCUUCUAAACCAAGUUCAAGCGAAGCUCCACGCAGAGUGCAUUCCAGUACUCCAAUUUUGAAGUUACCAGUUCCUGGACCACUGCAGUUAAGCUAUCCAGGUCCAGGAACCACUACAGCUGAUGUACCAGUUGCAGCUGGUGCAAGGUGCUCUAAGCCACUGAGUUCCACAGUGACAAAAUACACAGAGAGAAACCAGACUGCACACACAGACUACAGACCUGCUCCUUUAGAGGGAGUAUAACUACAUCCAGGGCAGGAAGUAAGCACAGGGGAAGGCAAAUCAUCAAAAAUGCAUAUGUUCUAAGUCUGCUUUUCUAGUUUAUAGAUUUCUAGAAUCAUGGUAAAAAUACUUACUUACUUACUUACUUACUUAUUUAUUUAUUUCACCAAACCUUUAUUAGGCAUUACAAGUAUAGGCCAUCAUAAAACAUAUAUAAAAUUUUAAAGUAUAUACAAAUAAACAGCCAUGUAAAAUAUAUAAUAACGGAGAUUUUCACUGGGAUUUCUUCCCGCUAAAUAGUGUCAUUCACCACUCUAAGCGAUAUUGUUGACAAAAACUCAGCCACCCUUGCAGUUACUUCCGGGUUAAUGUCAGACAGAUAGAAUCUGAUAUUUUCAUUGUGCUGUGAUGUUAGACUACCCCAAAAAAAGGGGACAGCAUGUGUUUGUGUAGCUGGUUGUACAAUGGACAGUAGAAGAGAAUAUGUUCUACAGUGUCCAGCGCAUGGUAAAAAUACUGUGGUUUUCUACUGGAUUCAGGAUCACUAGGUGAAGGGUUUUUUUGCUGACCUUAUGAAGCCCAACUUUAAUCAAGGUGAGUUUUGCCAGUAGUAAAAUACACUUUGACUCCAGACUGCUCUCUGGAAAAUGCCUUUUCCCAUGCCCUUCUCUCUUGCUGGUGAUUUGGUUAAUCUCUGACUUUGCAUUUGCUAUUCCUGAGAUGUUUGAUCCUGCAAACAAAUUAAUGUCUUGCUGCUACAUGCAGCAUUUGAGUUAAUCCAUGGUACAGCCUGGGCCAUCUGUAGUGUUUCUCCCUUGUGAAGAAAUCCCUCUUGGUUUGCUGUUAAUGCACUUGAUUUGACCUGAGUAAUAAAACAAAUCCUUUGUUCUUCAAAAGAUAUGUCUGUUUUAGCUUCUUAAAAUUCUGUCGCUUCCUUUAUAAGCAGGGCUGAAGCUAAGCUAAGCUGAGUUUUUAGCUCAAAUAUUGCUUUCUUGGUUCAGCUGGAAACACUUGCAUACCAUUUUUAAUUAUCUGUGUAUUAAUUUGUUCUUUUAAUAUUGUCUAUUGAAAGUGAUAAUUUAUUUGAAAUGAGUAGUCAGGUAGUGUAAUAGUAAUAAUAACAGUUCUUACUGAGGUACAAAUGAGUUUUUCUGCUGACUGUGGAGUUAUUUUGUUCCAGACCCUGUGCACAAAUGGCAAUAUGUCUUUGGAGUAAUGUGUCUUUGGAGUGAAAAGUCAUAUCAGCUUUGAUGCACACCAGUUUGGCAGUUUGGGAAUGUCCAUUUAGUUGUGUUUUAUGCUAGUAGGCAGAAAGGACUCUCAGUGUUCCUGCUUGUUUCCUUUUCUAGUUACAGUAGUUCCCUCCGCUGCCUCCGCUUCUUCUUUGAAACCUGUAACAAACAAUAAUUUGAAACUUGAAAGCACAGUAACAGUCCCCUCCCAACCAUUGCUGUGUUUUACUGAUAGUAAAGAGCGUGGAAAAAUAUCUGGGCUUCUGGCAGAGCAUCCUUGCAGGUGAAGCGAAAUGUUGCAUACUGCUGAAGCAGAAUUCAGUGACCUGGUCCGUAUAGCUGAGCUAAUGGGACACUAAUCAAAAAGAGUGAAUAAUUCUGAUAUACACAUCAGAGCUACACUUCUUAAAUCUCUGCCAAGUAUGCAGUGAAGGUUUCUCUUUAUAAUGAAGGAAGCUAUGUGGUUGAUUCAUGCCUGCUGAAAAAUUGCUAACACUUCUGUGUACAUGCAUGUACAACCCUAAAUAUGGAUAUAGCUGGGAAGUGAGGUGGUUCUGCACACUGUUGAAGUCCUAAUAUGGACCGGUCUUUCAUGAAUGAUCUACUCUACUGGAUGGAGUGUAAAUUAGAUACUUUGCUAGUUUGAGCAUAGAAAUGGACUUGAUUGCAAAAGUCAUAUUCUCCCAACCUUACUGUAGUUCCCAUUUACAAAACUGAAAUAUCUCAUUGUGUUGUGUUGUCAUGAGGACAAGCAAGGACAAGAGCACUCUGGCAACCUAAGGCUAUAGGCUCCAAAUGUAAUCAAUAUAUAGGAAACUAUACAAAAUCUGGGAUCAUCAAACUGUACGCAUUAGUCUUCUGAGUGCUACAGUCCCUCACCAAUUAAAAGGUUUUCAAUCAAUAUUCAUAGCAGCCGGAAGAGUUCAUGUAGCCAGGUUUGUGAGCAAAAUCCAUUUUUAAUGUCAGCAUAGACUUCCUGGAGUUCCUCUUAAAAACUUAUCAGAAGCCUUCUCCUGAAGGACAAAUGGCAGGACAAACUCCUAUACCCAGUGCUUCAUGGAACUGCCUGUGGUUUGCUGAAAGCUCAGUAUGAAAUCAUAUACGAAAUGUAGCCACCUUUCAAUAUCUCCCAAGUCACUGUAGAUAAAGAUCUGACUGGAAACAUAUUGCAGAUGAGAGCGCCUUGUUUUCCCAAGGCUCUUGGAAGGUUUGUAUUUGGGUCUGUCUUCAGACCAUUUCCCUAAAUAUUGUUCUUCCCAAACAUUGAAAUACAGGCACCUACCAACACAAGGUUGCCUUCAUUCAGGCACCUACCAACACAAGGUUCCCACAACCAUUCAACACACCUUGUGUCCAUUAUACUCAAGAGCAUCAGCCUAGCAAUCUACUCAUGAGCUCCUACACCAGAGAUGCCAAAUGUAACAUUUAUCUAUUUAUUAUUGCAUUUAUAUCGCCCCACCCCACCCCUGGAGCUCAAGGUUCUUCCCAUUGAGCUCCAUGGCCGAUUGGGGAUUUGGUUUCCAGGUCUGAGACUGACACACUAGCCACUAUAGCACACUGUCUGUUGGUUAGAAUCACUGAAGCUAGAAAACCAAGCAGCUCACAGUAGAAGAGGAAACAGUAAGGUCACAUACAGAUGGAAGAGUUUGCAAGGAUAAGACACCUUGAAUCAGUGUCUCUUAUUCAAACUGUAUCCACCUUCUUUUAGUCAAGGAGGCUCACAAGAUUAGCACUUGUGGCACGAUCACUUGGAGAGCAGCCAAAUCUUUCACUCUCUCCCCUCUUUCCCAUGUCUCUCUUCCCCCAGCUCUAUCUUACAUUUGAUGCUACAGUCCCUGGGGAAGCUGCCUUCUGAAGAAGGCCUAAUUCUGUCCUUCCUAAAGAGAAAUCAGCAUAUGAACUCCUCUCCCCACACCUUGAAAUGGCACUUUGCCAGUUUGCGAGCCUUUUUCUAAUUUAUGUAGUACACGAGUUUCCUCAUUAUCACUUUUAUGGACAAGGAAUCUGGAAACCCAUUACUUUUAAAUGUCUUGCUCUUAUGGAUACAUUUGCUGUUCGUUGUAACGAUGCCAAUCAUAAUGAAUUCAUUCUGCAUUCAUGUAGAUGUCACUGGCACUUUUGGAUUUUUUCAGUGUCAUUUACAUCAGUAAAUGGACACUUAAAAGCAUUGCCCAUGAGCCUGUUGAUCCAGCAAGAGAGCAAGGGGCAAAGUGGGAUAGCAGAGUUGAUCACUUCUUUUUCUCAGCUAGAAAACGCUGCUGCAUCUUGGGGGGAAAUCAGCAAUCAAUCAUUAUUGCUUGAUGAACUGUUUCCUCCUGACAGCAUAAUUAAAUCACAGCAUAUCUGACUGAUUUGCUCAUUUUCACUGUAGAUGUUCUGCUGUUACUUCAGCGGUUGACAUAAUUUAACAGAUCACUUACCAUCUCAAGUACCUAUUUUGGAUUGUCCAGGUCAAGUUAAAAGGUGGGAGUAGCUUCUUAACUUGUCAUCUGUGGAGUAGCUCUUGCAUUUUUCAGCCCCCUCCCCCCCCCCCCACCAAAAGGCAUCAUGAAUCCACAGCAUUUAAGCUAAGAGAGACAGGCGUUCCACUGACAAGUCUGUUGUCUGCAGAUAAACCCUCCUUUGGUCAGCGAUGCAGAAUCACAGGUCACUGAACCGGGAGAGAAAAAUAAUUUGAUGGCAGAUGUUUGGAGUUCAAAUAAUACAUGACCUCUUCAGAUUUGAUAUAACGAGUGUGAGGUGAGUGAGAAGAGAAAUGAGUGGCCUAAGACAGAUAAAGAUUAAUGGGAGCUCAUAACAAAUAGUGAACUAUUUUGUCUUCUCGGUGUGCACACAUGCACUCCUCAGUCACCGCAAGUCACUCAGCCCUCUUCUCGGUUACUUCAUCCUUCUCACGAAUGAAGCAGUCUAUGGUAAGGCCUUUUAUUCUCCCAGGCUGUGGGUAACCUCCUUCAGAAGAAGAGGCAGUUUCUGGAGAAGAGAGAACUAGGGUGCCUAUGUCAUCUUCUCUGGUGCAUUCUGCGUGAAAGACAUGGGGUGCUUUGAUUCAAGGAGGACUACAGUGGGGAGCAGUGGAGAUACCCGCUGUACCUCCUAUGUCUUUAUCAGCACUUCUCACUGGCCGAUGGUGAAAGGGAACAGAUGGCAUGACUUGGACACUUCCCCAUGGGCAUAGAUCAGAGAGAUACUUUGCUCUGCUCACCUCCACUAUUGCUUCAAAAAUCCUGCACUCGUAGUGUAGAGCUGUGGAGGCACCAGGCCAGGUCCAGACCCCUCUUUCCCUUGUGCCUCACUUGGACAGGUUGGUAGGCCACCUACCCCAUCUGUCAGAUCACCUGACAACACCCUGGUUUCAGAUGACUCAGUUUCAAAGGAGAGAAUCAGGAGUCUUUUCCUAGUUCUUUGCAGGGGUGGUUUGGAUUCAAGCUGCAUCUGAAAAUUUUCCUUUGUUGCCUGGCUUGAGUGCAAUUUAAAUUCAGCACCAAAGGUAAACUCUUGAUUGUGGCAAGCAUUGGUUCCACUCGGAAGCUCUGAUUGGGAGCUGGCCCAGUAGUCUUACAUUUAGCACUGCAUUUAAAAGGAAGCUGCACUUGCAGAAGAACAUUCAGAGUAAACACUCCUUGCUCCUUUCUAGGCACGGCUUUUCUGGUUCUACACCUGAUGGCAGGUGUGAUCUCAAGCAUGGGCAUGGCCUUCUGAGCCAGAUUAGGACCUCUCACAGGCCUAACUGGGCUUAAGGGCUAAAAGUUCCCCGUGCCUGGUUUAGAGUACAAAAAGGCACAAAGGUAAGUCUUGCCUCACUUACCUGCACAAAAAAGAUUAGCAGGUAAGGAAGAAAACCAGCCCCAGUCUGCUUGACAUAUUAGCUUUCCAUAAACAAACAUUUUGUGAUGCCAGGGAAUGUCAUAUGACAGCCCCUCAUGUUCUGUUGUGAUACAUUCCUAAAUUGAAAUGUGCCACAUCUUUCCUUUCUUCUGAAAAUGUAGAAUACACAUUAUUUAUUUUGUUUGCUCACCAGUCUAGAAUGCCAUCCAGCGUUGGAUGAAAUUCAGUACGUCUUGCUGAGGUGGAAUAAGCAUGACUUCCAAGUCCUUUCCCACUAACCUUUAGAGUUAUAUGGUGUCCAUAAAAAUCUAGAAGUGGAGCCAUUGUUAGGGGGAAUGAAGAACACUAAUGGAACACCCCAGAAAAUGCUAGUGUUGUGAAUAAACACUAAGGAGGGAGCCCCUACCCGUAAUGCUGUGUCUCCACCAUCAACACAUCUAACAUUAUGCUGUGUGUAUUGUCACUGAAUCUAAUUUGUAGUAUCUCAAUGCUGAAUUGUUAUUGGGGUCAGUCCCAAGGUGGCUGGAGCUGGAACCGGUAAUAACUAUUUUUGCUGGGUUUAACUAAUUGUUCUGUUUAAUGGGAGUGAUGUGAGAAACACCCUUUUACUUUAGCUGCAAGCGCAGCACUGUUUUUACCGUGCCUGUAAUUUUCUCUCCUCACCUUGCCACUUGUGAGUUGCUCGAAACAGCUGAAGCAGCAUAAAGAGAUCUGUUUGCAAGCGAACCAAAGGGAGGGGAGGGGAUGAGCAGAGCUUUAUUCCCUAGACAGGCUAGGCCUUGAUUGAUGCGCGAACAACUUGAAUGAGGAUUGGAAGGAUUUGGGAUCACACUGCACAAUCACACCAUAAAGGCCAUUUCAGAGGCAAGGAAGAAAUGAUGAAGAUGUGAACAGUGGCUUUAAAGUGGUGCCCCCUCUUUCAAGCACAUGAGUUGAUCAAACUUUGAGAAACCAAACCAUCUUUCCAUAUACUAUAUGCUUUGGGUGGGGAAAAUAUUUCAAAAGAGUCAAAACUGUAGAUACCAACACUCUGCAUUCCCAGUUCUUAGUUUCUAGACAAUUGCUUGGGGUAUUUCCAGCCCUGUGAAUGCAGUUGUUCCAUCAUUCCACCAUGGCUAUUUCUCCUAGUUAACUUUAAUUACAAUUGGUAGAAUAAUAAGUCUCAAAUUCUAACAUUUAAAUUUUCUUCUUACUAAAUUCUUUCCUUGAAAACAUUCUCUCCCCCCCCCCCCUACAGAUCUUAUAGUCCGAUUCUUGGCAUUUCCAUUACUUCGGAACUGGGCAAGCAAGGAAAAACAGACUAUCUCAAGAGAAUGACCUCUCCCCACUCACUACCUGCUGCGUUUAUUAACAAAUCAUGGGUUCAUAAGCCUUGCCGUUGGUUAAAGAGACGACCAGGCUAGGGUGGGGUGGGGUUUUGAUGUAGUUUAUAUAUAUUUAUGAGAAGUGGGUACAGGCAAACCUUGGUUCCCAAACACCUCUGUUUUGGAACGUUUCGGCUCCCGAAUGCCAGAAACCCGAAAGUAAGUGUUGCGGUUUUCAAACACUUUUCAGAAUCCAAAAGUCCGACGCAGCUUCCACUUGAGUGCAGGAAGCUCCUGCAGCCAAUCUUAAGCCACGCCUUGGUUGUCUGCAUUCAGUUUGACUGUAUUCAGUUCCUAUUUAUAUAUAUUAAAAAAUCAUAGAAGCAAGGUGUUCAAAUACUUUGUGUGGUUUUGCAAAUUGCUUUGAACUACAGUGGAAUGGGGGAGGGGGGAAACCCACAAGAUUUUGGAAGAAUUCAACUGUAGUCUUUCCAAUAGAGAGUUGCUGCAACACAGGUCCUUAUUCAGGCAGAGAUCUACAGAGGAAGGCUUUCUUCUUCUUCUUCUUCUUCUUCUUCUUCUUCUUCUUCUUCUUCUUCUUCUUCUUCUUCUGCCUGCUUAAACCCUUUAGGAUAUAUGCGUCGGGACUGUGUGUUGGAGACUUCUGAGGCUGCAGUGCAACCUUUUACUUGCACUCUUGCUGUGUUAAGAAUGAAAGCAAGUCCAUUCUUGAAUGGCAUAGUUGGAUUUCAUAACAAACAGUGGCAGAUUGUAGUUCAGUGAAGUAUAUCCUGUUGGUUAAUAAUUAGUACUUGUUCAUACAAGGGUUGGCGCAUUCCACUGAUAACUACCUUUGUCUGUACAUCUGGCCCCAGCAACACAGGAGGGUGUUGGCCGUGAUUUGAACAUCGGUAAUUGACACCAGUGAUUACCAAGCUUUUCAGUGAAAUAACUCCCAACAGCGGGAUUUCAUUUCCAUUGGGUACAUUUGUUAGUUUAAGACUUACUAUGUUUAGUUAAUUUUUCAUUUAUGUGGGUAUACAGUAUUCUCUUACACAUAAGUAAACUUUCCAUAGCAACUUAAAUAACAGCUUAACAUGUGCCUUUUUGUUUAGGAACUCAGAUGUAAAACACUUAGAAUGCAAAAUCACCAUACAGAUACCUCAAUAAAUACCAGAAUGAGACCUGCUGUCUUAAUCUAUAAAGCCGUUGGAAGGUCUUAUAAAUUCUUCAGUGUGUCACUUGCAUUGAGAUCUAAAUCUUUUGACCAGUUCUAGCCCUGUGCUCCCAUAAGUGCCUUAAAUGGCUUUUUUUAAUACUGAAAAGAGAUUCCCCAUUGCAAAGUAAAUUUGUAAUUGUUGUCAUUUGCUUUGUCUCUUGCUUCCCGACGUGACCUUUAGAAAAAUAAAACACUGACUCCACUAUAACACAUGAAAGCUUUUAUAUGACUCCCCCUGCCAUUUUUUGCAGUGAUUUAGACAGAUAAAAUAUAGAAAGAGACUUGACAGUGCAGUGCCGACCCAGAUUGAGCAUACCAGUGUUGGUUCAUUCCCAUCAUUUUUUUACCUUUACCACCUCUCCACUCAUUGCUGCUUUCUUUGGCUAAAGAAUGCCAGCAAAUGUCCCGUUUGGGCAACUAAUACAGCUUUCCUCAGGUAGACAUGAGUAGUCCAAAGGCAGCAGCAGCAGCAUUCACAAGGAGGGUAACACUGAGAGGCUGGUUUGUUUGCCUUAUGGUUUUGUUGCAAAGGUAGACUUGAAAUAUAGCUAUAAAGACCAUGUGGUGAGUCUUGUCCCCACCGUGGAAGGAUGUGUGGAUCCAGAAUUGGCCUCCUUGGUCACUUACGGACUCACGGUUAAGACCGUGUUCAUGGAAGACAAUCUUACUCAGCUGGGAGUGAUCACCAAAGAACAAGAGUUCAGCCCCGGGAAAAUAAGUAGACAACUAUCCUUUAGGUCAGUAGUAGCCAAUGUGGUACGCUCCCAGGUGUUUUUGGAUUCCAGCUCCCAUCAUUCUCAGCCAUCAUAGUCAAUAGUCAGGGGGAAAUGGGAGUUGUAAUCCAACUGCAUUCAGAGUGUUCUUGUGCUUUAGGUGCAACCAAUAAAUAAAUAGCUAUUUGGAGGUGGGGUAGCUUACCUGGUACAAGAUAGUGUAUCCGCUUCCAAAAACACUUUAGUACAGUGGUACCUCGGGUUAAGAACUUAAUUUGUUCUGGAGGUCCGUCCUUAACCUGAAACUGUUCUUAACCUGAAGUACCACUUCAGCUAAGGGGGCCUGCCGCGCCGCCGCCCCGCAAUUUCUGUUCUCAUCCUGAAGUAAAGUUCUUAACCCAAGGUACUAUUUCUGGGUUUGUGGAGUCUGUCACCUGAAGCAUCUGUAACCUGAAGCGUAUGUAACCCGAGGUACCACUGUACAAGAUACAGAUGAGGCAAAGCAUAAAGGUAUCUGUUGAGGGAAGAGAAGAGAGGUGAAGCAAAGCCUAGAUGCAAAUGUUUGUUACCCAAAUUAUAGCUUAGACUGAUUUGAAAAAAAAUGUAUAUACGUUUCUCAAAUCAGUACGUGAUUGGACAAUUAGAGUCAAGUAAGUAUAGCUUGGCUCACACAGAAUACAUUACCAUAAUAUUGUGGUACGCUCUGCUCCUAAAGUAGGUCAGCAGCCGGCACUUGGGAGCCAAGGGGUCUAACUCGCCUUGUUAGCCUUUGCUGGGACUUUCAGGAAUCUGCUCAAAUGGUUGGGUCUCCUGCUUCAACACAGCAUGCAUCUUUCCAGAGCUCUAGAAAGCUUCUAUUCCACCAUUUUCUCCAUCAGUGUCAAUUUCGAUUAACAUUAACCUUAUCUGAUUGAAGUUUCUGAGAACACAGUUUGUAAUGUAUACAAUAAGAGGCAUUGAGUGCUGGGGGUGUUCAGUGAAGAUCUGGUAUUGCUGGUAUUUGGCAGAAUUCUUGCCUGUUAAAAGCUACUCUGCCUGAAGGAAAUUGGUGCAAAUGGUUUCAUUUUCUUUCUCACAUCCCAGUCCUAAAUAUUUGCUUCCUUAUAUCUGGAUGCAGCUUUUCUGGACUAAGCUAUUGGCUACAUCAGGGUAAGAUUGCGAUUUGUUAUGCCGUGUCAGCACAUUGAUCACUGUGCCCCAUUCCAAGCAUAAAGAAACAGUGGAAGAGCAACACCUAGGUUUUUUAGCAGCUUUCUUUCAGGAAGUAUCAGCAAGAAACUGAGCACAAGCUAAAUAAUGACUUCACUUUUUCUGCUGCAUCAAAAAAAUCCUGGCGUGAUAGAAUGGUGUUCUGAAGUAAAGCAGUGAGAAGAGCCUGAUGCUGUGCGUAGGCUUGUAUGGAUAGCUGCCCUUGAGGAAUUAUAUUGGAUUUUUGAUUGUAGAGAUCCUUGCUUUGUCUCUCGGAUUGCCCAUUUCCCUGUGUGUGUGUUAAGGCACCAACUGUAAUAUGUCUUCUUGUCAUUUUGAAAUUUGUUUCGUUCCAAGAGAUAUUGCAGAGUAUUCAUACUGCUUUGAGGAAAGAAUGCCAUAACCUUUGAGUUUGGGCCUAAGAAGGCUUAUUCACAUAUUGUUCUUCUAGUCCCUCCCCAUGUAUGACACGGGUGGCACUGUGGUCUAAACCACUGAUUGGAAGAUCAGUAGUUCGAAUCCACAGGAUGGGGUGAACUCCCAUUGCUCUGUCCCAGCUUCUGCCAACCUAGCAGUUCAAAACACACCAGUGCAAGUAGAUAAAUAGGUACUGCUGUGGUGGGAAGGUAAACGUCGUUUCCGUGUGCUCUGGCUUCCAUCAUGGUGUUCCAUUGCUCCAGAAGCAGCUUAGUCAUGCUGGCCACAUGACCCAGAAAGCUGUCUGUGAACAAGUGCCGGCUCCCUUGGCCUGAAAGUGAGAUGAGCGCUGCAACCCCAUAGUCGCCUCUGACUGGACUUAACCAUCCAGGGACUCUUUACCUUUACCCAUUGAGUUGAUUUUGGGAAAUGGAAAUCAAAUUCUUUGCCCUUGUUGAUCUACUGCACUCUGGAACCAUUUUAUAACUCAAGCAGUUGGGAGUGAAAUUUGUUCCACAAGAAGCAUACAGUGGUACCUCGGGUUACAUACGCUUCAGGUUACAUACGCUUCAGGUUACAGACUCCGCUAACCCAGAAAUAUUACCUUGGGUUAAGAACUUUGCUUCACGGUGAGAACAGAAAUCGCGUGCUGGGGGCACGGCAGCAGCGGUAGGCCCCAUUAUCUAAAGUGGUGCUUCAGGUUAAGAACAGUUUCAGGUUAAGAACGGACCUCCGGAACGAAUUAAGUACUUAACCCAAGGUACCACUGUAUUCUGGUUCCAUUACAGGACAUUUGGCACAUACAUAAUUAGGUAAAUAGAAAGAAGGCAACCGGGAGGAAAAGAUAGUUCUGCACAUUUGUUGACUGGUCACCAAACUGUGUCUUAUUUACUAAACAUUCAUUACAUUAUCAUGAGGUAGCACAGUAAGUCAAUUUUUUGGACCAUGAGAAAAAUCCUUGUCGUUAAAGAAAUUCAGUUUGAACUUCAGAAUAUCAGGAACUUAUGGCAGAAUAUACAGUGGUGCACCGCAAGACGAAUGCCUCGCAAGACGAAAAACUCGCUAGACGAAAGGGUUUUGCGUUUUUUGAGUCGUUCCGCAAGACGAAUUUCCCUAUGGGCUUGCUUCGCAAGACGAAACGUCUUGCGAGUUCUUGUGAGUUUGUUUCCUUUUUCUUAAAGCCGCUAAGCCGUUAAUAGCCGCUAAGCUGCUAAUAGCCGCUAAGCCGCUAAUAGCCGUGCUUCGCAAGACGAAAAAACUGCAAGACGAAGAGACUCGCGGAAUGGAUUAAUUUCGUCUUGCGAGGCACCACUGUAAAACCUUUCUAAGAAUAACAGUGCUUAACAACUGGUUAUACUGAGCUGAGUGAGUCCAUUCCAUGUUUCAGCCUCUCCUAUGAUUGCAGUGUGGCAUGAGCCUGACUUCUUAUUGGUAAUUUUAUGCAUUAUCAAAGCUGUACCAAGUGACUGGAUGAGUCACUGCCCUGAACUUUCUCUGGCAAUCAAGUGCAGAGGUGGUGGAGCUCCUAAUGAUCAUCUUCUUUUUUAAAAACAACAACAAAAACCCUUCUACUUGCAUCUUCCCAGAUACAACACUUAUAAUUUAGAGCAGUGUAUUUUUGAGCUUGCAAGAAAUGGAAUGCAAGCAGCGCAACACAGAGCCGGCUUUCAUAAGGGCAAUGAAAUGGCUGCCUGUGUGUUGCCUUUUGCCAGUCAGUUUUGUCAGUGAGCAAGGCUGAAUUCAAACUAGCUUGACAUUCAUGGCAUAGUAAUAAUGCUAAUGCUGUGUUGAAUGGCAACCGUCAGUGCUGAGGAAACAAAUUGCAGGAGGGUGUAGCUAAGUGCAUAUUAGAGCAGUUACUACCUAACUUUGUUUUUGAUUUUUUGUAGCUUAGUUUAACAUAAAGAGAUUCACUAAAUAGCUUGGGGUAAAUAGUUAUCUUGCAACCUCCAUAGGAUUUGGUUGAGGCAACUUGAGAUAGACGGUGUAAAAUUCUUUGCACAUGGAGAAGUGCUACAGCAGCAGCAGCAACAAUAAUAUAGUGUGAAAAUUUGAAUGCCCAAGAAAAAGGAAGGAACAUUCUCCCAGGUUCAAUCCCUAACAUCUCCAGUUAAAAUAUGUUUUGGUACAGGACAGAGAAAAGUCCACUUGCCGGAGAUCUUGGAGAAUUGCAGCUGGUCAUAGUAGACAAGAACAGGCAGGCCAAUGUUCUCACUCUCAGUGAGAUAAUAACAUUCCCAAACAUUAUUUGGGAUAAUAACAUUCAGACCAGGUUUCUUAGAAGGCACAGGCAGUUGUCAGGGGAAGUCUGGAGAAAGAGUGGAGUACUGUGUCUACCAAAGCCGUACUAUCAGGGACCUGGUCUUCUGCUCAGUCUGUUUUCCUGAUGCAGGAUUCCCAGAGUACACUCUGCUAGGUGUACGAUGUGCUGGACCCACUUUACUGUGCAUAAGUCUGAAUCUAUAAAUGAAGAAUCCCUGUUCAGAAAUAGAUUUCUGUGCACAAAUUGUGUGUGCUGGAUUACAGUGGCUAUGCAAAUGAAAUAUCCCAACAGUGCCUAGCAAAUGUAGCAAAUUUACAUCAGUUUUUCCUCAAUACAAAAUCUAUUUUUUUUCUAGUUGUCUGUUGUAAAAAGAGAAUUCACAGUCUGUCUCUUUCUCGAGCUGCAUAUUCAGCAUGCUUGGGUUUAUCAUUAGGUUGCAUUUAGAUUGGCAAGAGCUGGCUAAAAAUAGAUUUACCUCUAUGGGUAGCUUUUAGAAGAAGGAUCAAGAAGACUGUUCUUUUGCCAAACCAGCAUGCCUUUCCCACUCAGAGCAAAAUGAUGUGGUCCCUCCAUUAGUAGCUGAUUGAUCUCCGAUUAUUUACCUCUGUGAGCGAGCUCUAGCUUUUCAUCUCUCACUGUGAUAAACACAACCAGAAUAGAGUUUGAUCUUGGCAUUAGUUGGGAAGAGAAGAGCAUAUUCCAUUAGAGAAUUGUACAUACAGAAUGUCUUCAAAACCCCAUCUGUUCCAUCCCCAGCAGUCCAAUCAAACGUACACCCCCAUCCCCACCCACACACCCACACACCCACACACGCCAUAGCUGUCAACUUUUCCAUUUUCUUGUGAAGAAUCCUAUUCAGAAUAAGGGAAUUUCCCUUUAAAAAAGGGAAACAUUGACAGCUAUCACCCACCCACACCUUCCCCCCAAAAAACACCCCAAACCACGUGACUGCCCCCUAUUUUCAACUUUUGUUUGCCUCCUAACAUGAAGAGAGAACAAAUUCCAGAGCUAGAAAUCCAUCUCACCAGCCCAUCUGUGAGUUGUGAGCUAGGCAUCUGGUGGCAUAUUAAAGGAAAAAUUUGUUGAUUAUUUCAAUAGGAUCAUUAGAAUAAUCAAAGUGAAUCAUAAUUUGCUCCCUAGAAUGCCUUACAUUUCCAUGUGUAUCUUUUUGGCAGACAACUUUCCUUUACUGUGAAUCAACAGUUAGCAGCAACAACUUCACCUCAAAGAGUUAGUGUAGACCAUGUGCUCCUUUUUUUAAAAUCCUUUGAUGCAGUUCUGGAAAUUUAGGUGUACCUGUACUGAAUUCCACUGAAAACAUGGCAAUUAAAGUGCAUUUAUUCUAGUUGAGGAAAAUUCAGGAUGCCAUGGAGGUGGUGGAAAGAAAAGAGGUGGCAAAUAGAGUGGAGAAUGAAAUCGAUGGGCUAUGCAGAAUUAGAUAAACUAACAGGAAGGAUUCGAAACCUGAGGGAUCAGAGAUUCUCAGAAGACUGGAGUAAAUUUACAGACUAUUUGAAAAGUAAUUGUGAUGGACAGAUUAUGCUAGUAGGUUCGCAAUAAGUUUUGUAAGGUGAAUUAUUAGAAAUAUUGCAAAAAAGACAAUGAGGAGAAUUAUUAAUUAAAGACAAUUAAAGGUAAUAUGAGAUUAAGAAAUGCAUAAUAAGUGAUAAGAACAGAAAAUCAUCAGAGGCGUUGUUGGAAGUCCAAAAAAUAUUGUAUAAGAUGUGAAGUUCUGUUGUAUGAAUGUUAAUUAAUAUGUUAAAAACUAAUAAAAAUGUAUUUAAAAAGAAAAGAGGUGGCAAAUGGCAGAGCAGACUGGCAAGUUAACUAUUUGCAAAGUUGCUUUACUAAAGGACAUGAGAACAUAUAAGAACACAAAGGUUGGAACCAGCAAGAUCAGACUAGUCCAGUAUUCUAAGAGUGGACAGCCAAAUGCCUUUCAAAGUUUAAUCAAAACACUAGACUUUUCCUUGUUGUAGGAAACUUUGGAAAUACUGAUAAGCAGGCCAGCUUGAGAGGCAGAACAAUUGUGGAUCAGAAGGAUGUGUAAAAAUCAUUCUACAACUGCUUCCCAGUGCUAUAUAGUUCUUAGGAAGAAUGUUUAAUGUAGUAAAGAGGUCAGAGAGAACGCGAGUCCCUUUAUUUUUUUAUUAUUAUUGUUUGCUUCUAUUUGUCAAUCAUCCAUAUCCCAGGGUGGGUUAUAACACAUAUCAAAUGUUACAAUUUAAACCCUUUUUUAAAAAAAAAAAAUUCAUAAUAAUACAGCACAGAGUUGAUUCUCUGACUGUAUGCAGUUGUUUUGUCUUUGUUUUAAACAAAAAAGUGGGGGGGAUAAAGUAAUACAGCAAUUGUGUUACUGUACACAGUAGUGGCUGACCACAUCACAACCUCCUGCAAACCCCUGGCUUAAAAGAUGGGUUUUUAACUGGAGCUUGAAACUCAAGUAAGACGGACCACCAGGUGAAUCCUCCAAUGGAAGGCAUUUGAGACACCUGAGUGCCACCACUGAGAAGACCCUGUGUCAUGCCACCUCACCGUGCAGUUCCCCUGGCAGUGGAACUAAAACAAAGGCCUGCUGCUGAAUGUCUUGUAAAUGGUGGCAUAAUAGAAUCUUUGAGAAUACCAGCAUAUUUGUGGCUUCUGAAUUCGCCUCUGUUUACCAACCUGCUGCCUUGCUGUUUCAAAUCUCUGGAUACAGGGACAAGCAAGCCCUGUCCCAACAUGUCUAUUCACGUUCCGGCAGUCUGUGGUGACAGACGUCAGCUGCUUGUUCAUAUGUCCCCAAGAAUCCUUUGUGUCUGGUCUCCUGAUUUUCAAGGGAGAACUUCAGGCUAAUCCCAGUGUCUUCCUUGCUUCCUGCCUUUAAUCUGCACUCUGAAGAAUGAAGCAUGACAGCAAGAGAAGAUUCUGCCUGGUCCAAGCACUGAAGUAAUAUAUAAGUAUGUAGGAAAGGGGGGGAAUGAGAUAUAUUUAUAAACCAAGCGCACAGCAUAUUCUCAUCUGUCAGUUGCAAGGUCUUAUCGGAGCAGACACUCCGGUGGGAAAAACUUUUUUGUGUCCUUUUCCUUAGCUCCUCAGUAGAAAAUCCUGAAGUUUCAGCGAAAGGACUUGCAAAGUCCUUUCCCCCUUCCUGUUUUAGCACAUUUUUCUCUGACAUUAUUGUUUGUGAGUAGCUACCGUAGAGAUGAAAGGGAGGAGACUGAAUGCAAUAAAAUGGAAGUUUGGUCAUAUGAAGGUGAAUUAGAUCGGCUAUUUGUCAUCUCUGCUGCACAAGCUUUUUGCUGUUAGGGACAGAUUAAUUUUAUUCAAGCCACACAUCCCAUUACCAGCUAAUCAGGAGAAUUUCCACAAAGGUGAGAGAUUUGCUCAUCUGUUUGACUUUGGAAAAGACGUACAAUCAAACUGAUUGAUUGUUAAUAGGUUGCUGGGAAGGGUACUGGUGGCUAUUCAGCUGAAGGUUCACUCUUCCACUCCCUGGAGCGUUAUUGCUGCUAAAGGAUGAGCAGAGUGCCAUACUUUAAGAUUUUGAUUACCAGAGAACAGGGGACAAUCUAUUUUGCUCUGCUUUUGAACUUCCUGAGGGGCAUCUAACUGGUUGUUGUUAAGCCCCAGUUCAGAUGCAUCAAUGGCCUCCUGCCAUGUGAAUGAGGUUUUGGGUUCAGGUGCUCCACCCUGCUCUCUCCGUCUUGGUAUAUCAGAAGAGAAACUUGGGUGCAUAUGCUUCCACUUUCAAAACAAACCACAGUUCCUUGACCUGUCCAGACAUUGGGAACUGUAGUUUGAUUAAACUGAAGCCAAGAUCAAACUGUGGCUUCAUACGUUGGUUUCCUUUAAUGAGCUAUCAAUUAAACAAGACACUUUUGAAUAUGAACAGGACUGUUUACAUGUGUAUGUGAACAUAUGGUUUACUUUGGAAGUAUCUGUUUUGCUUUAACCUCCUCUUAUCUUUUGCACACCAGGAGCAGCAAGUAUGGGAGGAGUCAGGGAUGUUCAUCCAUCUAGCAGUAAUAUAGGGUUUCCCCAUUACAUCUGAAGCAGGCCUUAGAAGUGCUAGACAACCACUUGGUUCAAUCCAACAGAGACAGGUCUUAAUCAGCUGCAUGUAUAUCUCUGUUUCAUAGGCUGUUAACAGCACUGUGGUAUGGAAUAAAACGCCAACACUUCUGUGUUCUGCAGAGCAGCAAAGUUAGUUCUGGACAUGUGUGCUGCUGACAAUUGCGGGCUCUGGGGACAGUAUAGUCCUGUGGGUGGUCAACAAGGAGAAGGUGGGUCAGCAGUAAAAGUACUACAUACAGGAAACAGGAAGCAACUGUGUCAUCUCCUUAUUUUGCAAGGCUACCCAAGUACUAAAUGUACUGGGCCAAUCUGGAGUUUUGACCAUACAGAAAUCACAACCUAGAAAUCAUUUUAUUCCCCUGAAAUAUGCUUGUCUAUGUUAGCCUCACAGUGCAUAGAGCAAAAAAUAAAAUAAUAUGACAUGCAAAAUGACUGAAACCUGACACAUCAUUCACCCCUCACAAGAGACAAGCAUCUUAUGCCUCUUUUCUUCAAUUUUUCAUUGAUAUUCAUGGGAUUCUAAAUUAAUAAAGAGCAUCAGAGGGUUUUGGGAAGCUUCUCUACUAAUGCUGUCAUAUUCCCUGAUUCCCAGAAUCAGAUCUCCUCAGUGAGAGUGUCAGUUUUCUGGUAAAUAAGUUUUGGAGGCAAAGGGGGAGUGAUAAAAGAGGGGCUGGGUGGAAGGAGCACUAAUAAUAAUUCUGGCUCAUCACUGCAGAUGUUGCUCUUGGUGACAUGCUAAUGAGUGGCACACGCGCUGCCGUUCCAAAGAAACAUCGUUGCGUAUAAUGUACAGAAAUUGUUCUGAGAGCUUUUAAGGUGAGAAUGCGCCACGCACGGCAGAGUCUGUGAGCUGCUUUUGGAACAGCUGCGUUUUUUGCUGCCUCCAACAGGGCUGCUGUGAACGUGCCCCCCCCCUCUACAUUUCAAGCUUGUGUUUUUUGAAACAAAGAACCUGGAAGCUGCUUCACACAUGUCUAAUUUUCUGCAUGGAUAUGCAUAGAGAAGUUCACAUACACUGUCACACCCACAGGUCACAGCCACAAGAGGGGUGGAGGGGGGAGGUGUUUGCCUGAUGCUUUCUUUUGUCAAUCAAUAUGUAAAACUCCACCACCUUCCACUCCAUGCACAUCUUGGAUUCCUGGGACUGUAGCCUCCAAACGUUUCUCUGGCGUGUCCACUCCACUCCGUUGAUGACAAUAGCAGAACGCUCAUGUCUGAAGAUUGUGUGGGACAUUUUGCUGCAGCCCCAUUUUCUCACUGGCUACCCCUUUAAAGCAAAUCUCUCUCUGUGUGAUGAUUGUGAGCUUACUUGCCCCAGUCAGCAUCCCAGAGCCCUAACACCCCAAGCCCAGAGCCAGGUAAGUGAGGCCCAUGGACUUUGAGAAAGAGGCACAAGCCUCUGACAGGGUCCUAGAGCUCUCCGCCCCCACCCCGCCUUCCCAAAGCUGGGCAAGCGCUUUCAAGACUUUGGUAAGGAACCGUGAGGGCUCUAGGACACUGCCAGAGCCCUCAUGGCUCUUUCCCAAAGCCAGGCAAACAGCAUCCCUUUCCAGGAGAUCCUGGCUUUAUGCAUUUUUGUAUGUAUAUGUGUGCCCACCCCCCACCAAACCCUCACUCAAGAUGCGAGUUACCUGCAAUGGAUUGGGUGUGUAUACACACUACCUUUGGUACCAAAAAAUGAAAUAAGGAACUCCACCACCCAAAAAGAAUGGUGCUUCAUUGUACCAGGGCUCUUAGGGAUCUGUUUUCAGUUACCAGGGCUGGGCCCUUGAAUGUGUGAGAGAAAGUACCUCUGAGUAUGCAAGGAGCACAUUAUCUUGACUACUGAGCAAUUGCAAGUUAUCCAUGCCCACAUGCAAAUUUAGAAACAUGCAAGGUCAUGAUGUGACAGUUGUUUGGGCUUCAGCCCCAGCACCAUUCAUUUUAGACAUGGAUCAUUACCUUCUAGCAUAGCACGCCAUUAGAGAGCACAAAAGUCCCUUUUUGGUUUCCUCCCUGUGCCCUUCCUAGUUGCUCUUUCCCGCUUUCAGAACUCUUCCUACUCCCCAUCCACACAUCUUGUGCCAGGAAUCUUCUUCAAUACCAGUGGGAAACCCAGAGUGUCCAUCCUUGCUUCUCCAAGUGGGAUGGGUGGGUUCUCCCACCUCCCUUUUCAGCCACAGCAGCUGAGUUCUUUCCAAAAUAAGACAGACUUUUGAGGCAGCAUUGGUGGGAGCUUUGGUUGCCUGAGGGAGGCUGGUGGUGGCUCUGCUGGGAUUUAGGUGAGGUUUUAGGGGUUAGGUGCCACCCCCCCCACCCAUUCUUCAGACCAACCCUGUCCCCACUCAACUAAACAGUUCAAGGGCUGCAAGUUUUUUCCCCUUCUCUUCCUCUCCAACUCAUGUGCUUCUUUGUGGCAAAGCUCUACUGUCGUGAGAAGAACGCAGUAUAGAUAUGUGCCAUUUUGCCAUAUACAGGUGUGAAGGGAAAACCCCGACUGACACAGCAGCCAUUUUCUACACAGAAGGGCCAAUCUGUAUAGAAAAACUCUAGUGUAUGAAGCAGCUCAUAGUAAGAAGAAAGAAUGUGCCUCCUGUGCCUUGAACUGUUUUCCUUUCCUAGAACAGGAAGGCUAUUCUUUCUGCUCCUCCCCAUCCUAUUAUGGAAUCUUCUUUAGUCCAACAACUAAAGGAAACAGUUUUACUUCCAUGGAAAAAUAUAGGAAAGUAAAUUGAUGGAGUUAUUCAUGUUGCCCUCACCACCUCUGGCUGUGUAAGCAAAGAACAGGAUGAGGUCAUUGACUCCAUCAUCCCAUUUCCAGUAUAUUUGGUUGCGUGGCCAUAAAUGGCCACUCAGCAUAUGACAUCAUUUGCUUCAUUUAGGGUCUGAGCACUUUGACCAGGUGCACAUCCCUUUCCCGCAUCUCAGUGCCUUCAAGUGCCUUUCCCAACAGCACCAUUAAAAUCAUGUGUAGAAGACCAAUAUGACUAAAACUAAAUGCCAGCUGUCUCCAAGGGAAGGCCAUUACAUCCAGAUCAAUUAAUGUAUUGGGAGCAGUUGUAAUCAUAUGUAGGUUGAUUCCGGACAAUAGCUCCCUAUAUUUCCUCAGCAUUUCCACCUUAAAGGGAUAUUUUCAAAGUGGGUACCUGCAAACUACCAGUGCUGGGAUGGAGAAGGGGGGAAUGAGGAAGGGCUCCCAAUGUACUGUUGAGAAAGGGUAGAAAUAGGUGUAACAUAGGUGCCCUGUGGAUAGCUCAGGUGGUAGAGCAUGACACUCUUAACCUCAGGGUUGUGGGUUCAAGCCCCACAUUGGGCAAAAGAUUCCGACAUUGCAGUGGCAAAAGAUUCAUGCAUUGCAGGGGGUUGGGCCAAAUGGCCCUCGGGUUCCCUUCCAACACUUAUGACUCUAUGAAAACAAGGUGUAGACUGUAGACAUUAGUACAUGGAGACUGUGGAUGCUGAGUGUACACGAGUCCUUCAUAAUCCUUAUUGAGAUGCACCUCUAACAAGGACAUGGUAUUCAUGUUGUUAGUGUUGGUGUCACUCAAUGAAUAACAUAAGGUUCAAGUUGUCAGAUGAUGAAAUAUCUCAAGAGUUACUUAUCAUCCUUCCCUGUGAUGGGUAUGGGAACUCUGGUAUGCACCUGGAGUUCCCAUUUACACUUGCAUUUCAAUGGGGCUUCAAGUCUGUGUGAUCCUUUCCUUUCUAUUGAAAUGAACUUAUUGAGCCAUAUGUUCCUUGUGCAUUGCAGCACAGUCUUUCUGCCAGGCCAGAGGAAUUGCCAUUGUGACUCCAUUUCCAGUUGUGAGGCUGGAGUGGAAGGCUGGCCUCUGAGCAGCCUUGCAUCUCUUCUUUUCUGAGUUAGCAUGAUCCGCCAUUAAGAUUACAACUGGAGAGUCAAGGGAGUAUAUAUGAGGCUGUUAAUGGGGCUACAUUUUCAUGAAAUGCCCUCAGUCUCUACAUACUACAAUCUUUAUCAAAUCUGUAAGUGCCCUUAAAGCAGUUCAUUGAUUUUUAGCUCCUGAAUUUCUCUCCUGCUUCUGCUUUCUGAUGCCACGUCCUCCCCUUUGGCUGUUAAAUAUUUUCCAAUAUCCCACCUGUGUUUCCGCCCCCACCAGCAUCUCUCCCCUAGCAGUAGCUUUACAGCUAUAUGUGCUUGAAUGAUAUCUUACAUAAACUCAUUCUCAAGACACCUUGAAGGGGGGCUGGUUGGUUGGUUGGUUGGUGUGGGUUUUUCUUUCUCAUUUUUUGCCUGUUCCAGAUGAUGGAUAGGCAGUAAAAUAGACUGUGUGGAAGAUGAAUACACUGGGGAGCAUCUCGCCAUGUGUCACAAAACGCUCAAGACUUCCCGGGAUCUUCACUGCAUUAGCAAGCAUUCUGCUGCCGCUCUGCAGAAAUGGAUUGCGACAGAUUGGACGUGCCACUUGCACCCCUCCUGCCACCUCUCUUUUGCCUGUUGAUUUCCCGCCGAACCUUUAUGGUUACAUGCAGGUGUACAAGCAGUGACAGUGACAACAACAAAAAGCUACAUAAACUUGACGGCCAGAAAAUAGCAAUAAAAUCAUGCUGUGUUAAAAGUGAGAGGAGUAGAAGGGGGAAUAAAGGCUGUGGUUUCUCAGAGGGAAUUAUUUUGGUUUGGGCCUUGUUGCUCAAGGGGUAGUCCCCCUGAACCUCAAGUCUCUGCCUUCCUCUCCCAUCACACUAACUCUGCACCUAUCCUAUUGCUGUGGGUGCACUCAUGUGAUAUUUCAGUUUCCGUAAGGAACCACGGUUCCUGAGACUUAGCUUUUGCUAUUCUGCUGAGCAAGAGGCAAAUGAGAGCAAGAGGCUGGUCUACCCCAUAAGUUGAGUAACUUCUGUUUACAGGUUUACACAAAGUGGUUGCCCAGUGCUCUAGGGACCAUGAGAUGGCCAGUGUUCAUGCUGGGAAUACAAAUGCUCCCUAACUUGGUCUAAUUUUCUCGUUUUGCUUUGCUUUGCUUUUUGUUUUGUUAUACCUGUCUGCUGCAAUUGGUCGCUGCCCUCCUUUCCCUGAGUGUUGGUAGAUGUGGAUGCAUAUCUGUUGAAAGCUGUUCACAGCUGGAGCAUGGCAGGUCAUGCCACAAGCAGAUGUCUCAUGAGAAAGGCAGAUUUUGUAUUCACAAAUGUGUAUAGAUUUAACCAGAUUCCUUGCAUUGGGUGGGAAAGGUGCUCCUCAUUUUCCUCUUGCUUAUUUCUACAACAUGCUUAGAUACUGCAUCCUCUCCACAUCUGCUUCACUUUUAUUGCCUGCUCUGUUAACUCCCAGCUCAUCUUCUCAUUAUCUUCAUUGAUUCUGCGUAUUAGUUUAUUCAACCCCAAUUCACUUAAUUACUGUGAGAGGCUUUUUCUCAGUCUGCACAAACUUUGUCCCCCCUCUCUCCUUAAGGCUAAUCUGAAAAAAAACCAGAUGUGUUAAUUGGCUGUUCCAGCUGCAAAUCCUGGCCUACUUGGGUGAGCUGUGUUCCUUCCUUCCCACCCGCAAACACAAUUUGCAAACACAAGCUUGUGCUUGUGUUAGUCUGCCCAACACACUUUCACAGUGGGGAAAAACAGAUUCAUAGAUUGCAUGAAGCCCCCCAAGUGGUUAUCGGGUUUUAGAUCCUAUUUAUACUUCAGAUUGAUAUACUUGUUCUGUAUACUAUAUCACUCCAACAGUUAGGAUACUUAGGAGAACAGGUGUGGGUUCCCUGGGAAGAGGGAAUGCCUGAUACCAGUUUUUCUGUUGGUGUGAAGGGAGUGUAGCUCUGUAGAGCACAUGCCUUGCCUGUAGAAGAUCCAAGGUUUGAAACCUUCCUCCUGGGAAUAAUGUCACCAGAAAUCAAAAAAGAAAUUAGGUCACUUUUUAUGUACACAACAGUAGCAGCCAGGAUCUUAAUUACAAGAAACUGGAAAAGUGACAAAACACCUACGAUAAAUGAGUGGCAGGUCCAAAUGAUAGAAUAUUUACAGAUGGCCAUGAUGACAGAGAGAAUUAGAGGUUAUCCAAAACAGAAAGUACAGAAAGAAUGGAAAAUCUUUAAAGAGUAUCUGGAAAAACAUUACAAUAACAAAUAUCUCCUGACAGAAAUAGAAUGAUCCUUGUAAAACAACAAAUAUAAUGUUUUUUUAUGUCUGACGAAAACAAAGAAAGCAAUACAAUAAUUUGGAUCAGUGUGUGAAAAAAUAGUAGAAAUAAUAACACAAUGAGUCUAAUCAGAAGUCAAAUGUGUUUAUUUUGUUUUCUUUUCCUUUUUUUCUUUAUCCCCUUUCUCUCUUUUUUUCUUUGUUCUCUCUCCCCCCCCCCUUUUUUUCCUCUUCUUUUUUCUUUUUUAUGCCUCCUUUCUUGGUCUUUCUCUUUUUGAUUUGUUAAGAGAUAAAGACAUAAAAGUGUAAUAUGAAAACUUCAGUAAGUUAAAAGUGAUGUGUAAUUUUUCUAUUACUAUUUAUAUAUUGUUAAAAUUGGUUAAUUGUAAUUAAUUGAUGUAGCAAUUACUGUGGGUUUUUCCUUUGUUAUUGUUGAAUUCUAAAUAAAGUAUUAUUAUUAUUUUUUUAAAAAAGAAGAUCCAAGGUUCAAACUAUGUCAUGUCAUGCUAAGAGACUAUGGUGGUAUCGUGGCUUUCCUGUGGUGUGUUAACUCAGGAAACUGUGGUUUGCAUAAACUAUAGUUGUGCAGAAAAGGCCAGGAUUUGCAAUCAAGGAUUGUUCCUGUUUUGCUUUGAAACAUUAAGCAAACCAUUGUUCCAUGAGUAUGAAUAUCUUGGCAAACUGUGGUUAGCGGAAGGUUAGAAGGCAUGCUUUGCAUACGGAAAGCCCCAGGUUCAGUUCCUGCUGUCUCCACUUUAAAGGAUUUAGUAACAAGUGGUGGGAGAGAUCAAUACUGUGUAUUCUGAUUGGCAGUGGCUUUCUGGGGACUCCAGCCUAGGCCUAAAUGAAUGAAUAGCCUGACGUGGAAUGUAUUUAACCAUCAUUUUCUGUUUGAGCUGAACCUUGUCAAGGUGUUUCAUAAAGAUUUACUUUGUUUAGGAAGAAGUGUUAAGAAAUAAACAGAGAGAGAUCAAUGGUUUAAGAUUAAAAAUGAAUUGAGGAUGUUAAAGAAUCCUUUAACUUGAUGGAAUCCUUAAAACUAGUGGGACUGAGCUAUGUGAUAAUAGCAUAAAAAACUUUGUGUAAUGCACAGCCAAGGCAAGGCAGUAGAAGAUGAGUGAAUCCUUUAAUCACUGCAGAACAGCUGCCAGCUCUUGGUCUAACUUGGGAGGCUAGUAGUAUUUAAGCCAAAGGAUGUUUUCUUUCUAGCAAUAGCAGUAAGCAGCCGUAUUCCUCCCACACUGAGGCUGUGGAAAUUGUAGAAGAAUAGUGAAUGCAACUACUGAAAGCACCAUCUUUGUUGGGUUGGAAUAUGGUGCAUGCGUGUGCUUGGAGCUAAGCAUUGCUUAGCCAUUUAAUGGCCAUCACCUUGCCUUUGAUGGGAAGUUCUUGAUGUCAUUUUGAAUGUACCUUCCAUCAACCUAACUCUAUGAGCUAGGUAUUCAUACUUCUGGUGUGAAUGUGUGGACACCAUAGGCCUUGACAUCACAUGCAGUAAUAAUCCCUUUUCCUACUGUAAUUCACAGGUUUAAAGGCAAGUCUGAAAACUUCUCUGUUUAUUCUCUCCCCCCCCCCCCCGCCCAUUUAGGGCUGACACUCUCCCUUCACCAAGUCCUCCCCAAAGGAAUAGACGAUACAACGAUGACGAUCCUUCGCCUGCCAAUGGACCCUGUUGA